AUGCCGAUGCGUAAAACCACCAUUGGCUUAAUGUUGAUUGGUCUGUGGUUUCUGAGCUUCAUCCAAUCAGCUACCCUGGAUCUGAACGUGGGUGCAUAUUUUGAGAUCAACACUACAAAUAAGGGAUGGAACAGUGCUGGGGUAUGGCCAGCGGUUCAACUAGCAGUGGAUCAUGUCAAUAAACGAGAUGACGUGUUACCUGGAUAUAACUUGAAGCUAAAUGUUAAAGACUCCAGGGUAUGUAGAAAAAUAAAUUAAUAGUCUAGAUCUGGAGAAAAUUUGAAAGAAAAAAAUGGAAAAUUGAAAAUUUGUUAUGGCCUAAUUUUGUUCCCCAUUGUCUAAUUACCACCAGUCAGAGGGACCAAAAAUUUUCCCAAUCUUAAUCAAGCCCCUAUCCUAACAAUUACUAACUAUUGGAGGAGGAUAAGAAUAUACCCUUGUUCUUUAACCAUCUUAGCCUGAAAUACCACCGUAGUUUGCUUGCUAUUUCUUCUCAGGCUGAGCACUAAAUGAAGGAUUAUGCAAAUCGAGGAGGACAGAUAAUGACCUGUAAGAUCUGAAUUUGAUACAAUGCAGUUGACAGAAAAGGCUAGUUUUAGAAAGGCCUUAGUAAAAUUUCGCGUGAGCAAUCAUUAACUUAGGGAGUAGCCUGCAAUUCAGGCGUUUUCUUCGGGCGCACGAAUAUUUUUGCUCGCCAAAGCGCCAUGUUGAAACUCCCGAAGAGAGGAGGAAAUGGGGCGAGUUAAAGGGUGCGCCCCUGCACCACCCUCAGGGUUACUAUUUGUACUCUUCCCAAUCUACCUCUGUCAUAGAAUCAAAGAUGGCGGCUACAAUAAUACGAACAUGAACAAGCUUUCGCCCGCCCACCCAAAUACGCCUGCACUGCAGGCUACUUAGGGAGCUGAAGCAAAGACAUUUUUGAGCGAUGCACGUCAACCGGAAGUUGACCUUUUUCAUUCAUGAGAAGUGGUUUAACUCAAAUUUUCGGCCAAAUCGUCUCUAUGAAAGUAAAGACACUUAGCAAUACAAAUUUCGUAGCGUCAAGGCAUAUCAUAAAGGAAAAGGCCUAACUUUCGGUUAACGUGCGUCACUCCUGGCGUUGCAGUUAAAAACACCUUUACUUAAUCUCCCUAUCAAUGAUCGAGACUGAAGAUAUGACCAAAAUCCUCAUGACAAAAGAUGAUCUCCAGUUUUGUGAUUCCAAUGAAAUCGAACAUGAAAUUCAUUUUCUUUUCUACUGCCCAAAAUAUCCUGGUCUUAGAAAUGAAUUUUUCGCUCAAGUAGGGAGAUUCCCAGAGCAUUUCCAGCAGUUGGGAACAUGGUGAUGGAACUGAACAACUUCGUCCACAGGGCUUUUCUUUUUCCGAGGAGUCCCGCCCUUUCCAUGGGAAAAAGCCGUGGGCCGAGUUGUUCAAAGCCGGGUUAAGAUAACCCAGGGUUAGUGCGAGAUUUGAAUUCAGAUUUGAAAGCUUAAAAAGAAUUUCAGUUUUAAUUCUUUUUGUCUACAAGUUGAUGAUUGAAAGCUCUAAAUAUAACAGAAAAAAAUUAUCCGAGAAAAUGCUUUUGAACACAAGAAAGAGAAACCCAGGUUAAAUUUAACCCUGGGUUAAGCGCUAAUCGACCUUCGAACAACUGGGCCCUGAGGAAGUGGUUGUAAACUGAUAAGCUCUGAAUGAUUCGCGUGACAGUUUACCAUCAUUUGAGAAUAAUGUUACUUGCCUUUAGCGGUGAUUAACACCAUUAAAACACAAUCAAAUGUAAUGUUGUUGUAUUCAUGUAGUUGUCGUUGUUGUAUAAUUUUCGACUUGUUCUUCAUAUCGUACAAAAGCUGAAACCAAUAAUUCAUUCAUUAUUCAUAUGCCUUGUUCGAUCUAUGUAAAGGUUCUCGUCUACAAAACAUUACACAAAAUACUAGAUUGAUUCACUUUUUACAGUGCUCAGACGCAUACGCAAUCAAGGCCCUGAUUGAGCAUCUCAGCGAUCCACUCACAAAUUUCAUAGCCCUAUUUGGCCCUGGAUGUGCCCUUGCCACCGAACCAGUUGCAAGUGUGACACGUUUCUGGAACCUCAUACAGGUAAAUUCUCUAAAUGAAUUCCUUAACACCAACACCUUUUACGAGGUAGAGCUCACGCAGAACUAAAAAAAAAUUAAGUAGUAGCCACGAUAACCCGUCGUAGCGUCUUCUUAUCUUGCUUUUAAUACAUGAUCCUUGUGCAUGUACACUUGGGGCAAACUAUGUCAUUGAUCGUAGCGUUUCGUUUAUCAGAGAUCAUAGGAGGAUAUGGCUUAGAAUAGUGUACGAACACUACUUUCAAAAUAGUUCUCUCGUUCGGGAUCGUCGUCACGUUCAUUUCAUAAGUCGGUACAGGCUACUGAAUAAGGUCCCGUUUAUAUGGAGCAAAGUUGUCCCUUUGAAGAGUAUCACCCUCCCCUGCAGCUUAGUUCGAUCUUCAGCGAGCAAAUGUGAGAAAAACUUAACUUUUACCUAUUAAAUGGGCCAAAAAGGCUCGCGCUGUCGCGCAUAUUCUGUUUGUCUUGCCUUGACUGUGUGGACUCGGUUGGGCGAGCCAAAGUGUUCAUCGCCCUUUGUAAUAAAAAAAGCUGUCGCACUUUGUAAUAAACUUGAAAUAGAUGGUCGGAGGACAAGUGAACCCAGUAAUAAGUGUCAUCAUCGACGAUAACAACAACAAUAAUAGUAAUAAUAAUAAUAAUAAUAAUAAUAAUAAUAAUAAUAGUAAGUGUUCACAUCAACUUCUGGCUUCAAGAUCUUUCUAGGGAAGUACAACUCUUUAUAUGCGGACAACCUCGAUAGAGAGAAAGUGUCUACGCCUAUGACAGGGAGAGUCGUUUAAAAUGGGAGUUUGUAUUGGAAUUUCAUUUAAAGUAAUUAAAGGUGUCCUUCAGGGGAAACGUGAUCGUAUAAGCAAAAUAUUUUUAAAGUUCUACUACCCGCACAGGCAACUAGAAAACCUACGAUUUCGUUACCUGCGAGGUAUUACUUGAGACAUAUACAGAGAUAUUACUUGAUUUGUAUUUAUUACCAUGAAUAAGCUAUACUGUAUUUCAUAAAACCAAAUGAAAAUCACAAACUCAGAGCACAACCCGGUGCCACAAUCAUUGUCAUUAUCAUCAUUAUUGUCACUAUUAUUUUCGUACUAAAAAGUUCUUUAAAACAUUGCGUAUCACGUCAUUGUGCCACGAUGACCACUACUAAUGAAUGUUGUGGAAAUUUCGAAUACGCUGGAACCUACAUGAAACGGCAUCAUUCAUAAUAAUCAGAAAAUGCGACAUCACAAAGUAUGGCCCAGCUAACAUAACAAAAUUUAAAGAAAAUGCGAACACGAAAAGCAAAUAUUAUUACAGUACAAUGAUACUAACAAAACAUGUGCGAUCUCUCUACCUUUCCCUGAGACUGAGGGUGGUAAGGCCUGGACUUAAUUAAUUUUAUCUUUAAUGCCUUACAAAGAGGUCUAACCUUUCCUUCAAACUCCGAUCCACGAUCGCUUUGAAGUCGAUCUGGUGGACCAUGUUCUGCAUAGAUCGCUUUAAGGGCUUGGCUAACAUGAUGACUUGCUUUCUUUUCCAGUGGGCGUAGCCUACAAUACCGACUAAAAACAUCCAUUACGCUCAAAACAUAUCUGUACACUCGCCCGUCGUUUUCAAUAGCAUCUUUGCUUAAGUCCAUUGUUGUUGUUGUCGAUGAUGACACUUAUUACUGGGUUUAAUUGUCCUCCGACCAUCUAUUUCAAGUUUAUUACAAAGUGCGACAAGUGUUAUUUCAAAGUGCGACAGCUUUUUUUUAUUACAAAGUGCGAUGGUCUGUUAUUACAAAGUGCGACAGCUUUUUUAUUACAGAGUGCGACAAGUGUUACUACAAAGUGCGACAGGUAUUACAAAGUGUGUCAAUUUUAUUACAAAGUGCGACAGGUAUUACAAAGUGCGACAGUACAUGGCUCGCCCAGUGUUGGUCAGGUUGGCGGUUGGGUCUAAGAAAAUAUCCAGGGGGCAGGGGGGGAUUUCCGGCAAAUCAAUUAGAGACCUUACAGAGUGGUGUUUACCAAAUGACACCAUCGUAGAUUCUACAAAGCUGGUUUGGAUGAGGGAGAUGAGGUCAAGCAAAGUUUUAGCCUGAUGGUUCUCUUGAUCGAGCUAGAGCUGAGCCAUGCUGCUAUGCUCAGGCCCCACAACCUCCAGGACCCUUUAUUGCAAAACCUCAACAUUUUCUCACAUGCUCACCCCCCUUGGCUAGGGAGAGCCAUCAUAUGAACGUAAGACAGGCUAAGUAUUAUUGAAUCUUGGACCUUACAUGUUAAAUAAAUGAAUAAGUAAGCAUUUCUUCAUGAUUUCAAUAAAAAUGACUCAAGAAAGUAGUAAUUUCUUAAAGUGGUAUUUUCUCGUUUACCCACAGAUCUCGUACAGCGCAGGUUCUCCCCGCCUCUCGGACAAAACACGUUACCCGACCGUCUUUCGGUUAAACUCCGACGAGACGAAAUUUAAUGAAGGAAUUGUGGCUCUCUUGAAGCAUUUUAAGUGGAACAAAGUUGCAGUCGUAAAACAAGAUGAAGCCAUGUUUAAUGACGUAAGUGAGAACUUCACUGAAGUCUCUGAGGAGAAUAUUUUGGUACACAAAAGAUACCACCGGGUCGAAAAUGAACAAUUAAUGAAUGAGGCUGAAUAUCCUGUGAAGAAUUAUGAAGAUCGAGGAGGGUGUUAUCCGUCGAGGCCGUAGGCCUAGGCGGAUAACACCCUGCGAGAUCUCCAUAAUUCUUCAUAUGAUACGAAAGGCAAAUUCAAUAAUUGUUUUGUUAUUCAUUCAAAAUAAUUCUUAGUUUAAAAACAUGGCUAAAACAUGCUUACCUCCAUCGAUCCAUCAAUGUUAAGUUCAUCUUCGAUAGUGCACGUUUAGGGUUGUUCAGCUUCGCAAAUAUUCUCCAAAUAGCAGAUGUCGCUCUUCGAGUUGUCUUCUUGCUGUUCUUUCCAUGUUUUUAGCCAUUAUCUCGCCUAGUUCCUACUCUUGAAACGAGUGAAAUACUUUUGUUUUCACAACCAAAACAACUCAACGGUGCAUUAACCUGCCAGAAAGCUGCACUUUUGACGUCAGUGGUUCAUUAAACGCGAAAAUCUUCCAAAUUUGGUCAUGCUGCGUGUGCUUUUAGCCAAUCAGAAUUGGGGAAAUAUUUUGAAUGAAUAAUAAUAAUCCUUAUUAGGUGUAAUGCGAAAGUGACGAAUUGAUAAAAUUAGUGAUUAUAUGUCGACAAAAGUGGCAUGAUGAAAAAUGUGUGGAUUCCGCUGAAUGUACAAUUAUAGCAUGAAAAAUGGUCUUUCUCGAAACUGUUUGCAUUUAAUCAGAGUGUCCCCAGAAAUUCUAUAUCCCAUCCUUGAAUGCAAGUUAUAUAAUUUUGAAGACCGGGGUGGGGAUUAUCUGAUGGUUGAUGUGCCGCACGUUUAGAACACGGUCAACGUUCUUCUGGUAGGAUCUCGGUGCGUCCAACAAAUUUUGAAAUAAACAACUUUUAAGGACAACAACCAUUUUCUUAUAUCAAUAAACACAUUUUAGGUUAACGAGGUUCUUCAAGCACUGUUCAAGAAAGAAAACAUCACCCUUUUGGCAAGCAACAGUUUUGUUGAUAAUCCAGAUAAUGUCAUCAAAGAUCUCAAAGUACGUGGUAUUGUUUCGUAUAUUGUUGUUAACAUUUAUACAACACAGGAGCUCAAAGAACAGCUCGCAUGAGCAAGUUUACCUUCUUGCUACUUCCUGGACUCAUUGUAUUCAACUUCAAGAGUUCCCCUAGGCUGUAGAAUUCAUCAAAAAACGUUCUUCGUCCUUAAUCCUUAUUUUCCAUAAGGAGCAGAUUCUUUGGUGGGGUGGUUCAGCUGGUGGUUUGCAGGGUUCGCUGUACCGCCCAAUCUAUGAUUGCUUGGUUUUCGGUUUUGUGAUUGCAAUUAUGUGGCUACGUAGAAAUAGCGGUACCUUCUCCACUUGAGGAUGAGUGCUUCAUGUUAAACACAUUAAUAGCCAAAUAAAAAGAGCCAAGGUAAACGAAUUAAUUCUUUGAUUUCAAUGUCAGUACCGUAACUGUUUCAUUUUAAUGUCGAAAACCUGUGCAGGAGUACGAAUAUUAGGAGCACUGACAGUUUUAAUUGUCUGCUUCAUACUAAAGCAUUCGUAGGCUGGAAGUCUUUGUUUUUUCUUUCAGGAGAAGGAUGCGAGAAUAAUCAUUACUUUAAUGUACGAGGACAGAUGUAGAAGGCUCAUGUGUUCCGUAAGAAUACGUUUCUGAUACAUGCCCCAUCUUUUAUCAUUAAUUUUCUCAUGCAUCUGCCAUCUGGUGCGCCCUUCCCGAAUAAUUUAUAAUAAGUAAUAAUAAUUAAAGCUAGCUUACACAAUUGCGAACUUAUUGAAGACACCCAACGACUUACAAACUAAACCACAUGAUGUACUUUUACAAACUUAAAAUAUAAUAUAUUGAUUUAGCCAGAGCUAAAAGCGAAGCUUCAGUUUAUGCAUUUUAAAUUUACUUCAGACAAUGGACUUGAAACCAUUGCAAAGAAGUCUACAAAUCUAUACUUAACUUUGGGGGAGAACCAUAUGACUGAAAAACAUAAACUUGAACCUACGAUCGAUUUAAAACUAACAACUGGUAAGCGGAAAACUUCACAAAACACGUGACCUCAAUGAGUUGGCACCUGAGCCCGCGAUAUGGUCAUGCUGACUCUGGUCAGCGGGACACCCUGUUUUGACAACUGUCAACUGACUAUCAUAUGGUUGUCUACCAUCAAGUUAAACACAGGUUACAGGCUCCCACACUAACUAGAAAGUUUGACUCUCCUUGGAUUCAGUGUGGUGCAGACGGACGGGCGGACGAAUGGGUAAAGACGAUUUUUAGCGUAACAAAGCAUCACAACAUUGUUGCGUCAUUCUUUCGUAACAUCACGACCCUGUGUUGCGCUAAAAGUCGUUAAUCGUGUCGUGUAACAUCACCUUUAGGUAUGGGGCUAAGCGCGCGCGUAGAGUUCCGCUAUGAAAGAUGUCUAAGAGAAAAUCAAAUGCAAAUUAAAACCCUAUCUGAGACAUCCUAAUAGGUCUUGCAGAGUUUGAUAAAAGCCUGCCUGUCCCUCCCUUGGUGCAGUAUUUCAAGGUAAGCAAGAGGGCCUAUUUCUUUGAAACUAUUUCACUAUCAUAAUUGCCUCUUUCAGGCUUAUAAGAACGGGUUCCACGGUCAUCAUCGAGUCUGGUUUUUGAGGGGAUGGUAUACAGCAUCAUGGUGGAAUAAAACCGAAAAGGAUGUAAACUGCACUGCCGAACAGAUCAAACUUGCGGCCGGAAGUUACUUAGCAACGGAGACAAUUAUUUUCAGUGAUGUUCCAGAUAAACCAACAGUAGCUGGUUGGGUAAGAAUAUCUGUUUUCUGUUGACUCUUAGAAGGCCUGAAGUGGCGUCAGAAAUGGGGAAAUAUAUUAAGCCUCAGCUGAGGAUCAAAGAUACCUGAGAAAUGGGAGUGAUGGAUUGGGCUGGAGAAAUAUACAACCAGUUGUUCAUAUUUUAUUUUAUCACCGAUAAAAAUUAAGACUUUCGUAUCAUUUCAUUAUCGUAAGUAGUAUAAUAAGAAAAGAACUUUCCUUUUUUGGUGGGAAUCUUAUAAAGGAGAAGUACAUUAACGCCCUGGACGUCAAAGCCAUUGUAUUUAUCUCCUGAAUAAAAUGCGACGAAAUCUCAUUAAGAUAAGGUCACGUGCCAUUUUAUUUUUUUUAACCGGUUUGACAGGUUUUCUAGUUAUUUUUAGGUCGAUGAAUGUCCUGGUCUUUGAUUGGUUGACUAAAAAAGAAUGUCGAACUUUCAAACCGGUUAAGCCAUCUAAAAAUAGGACAUAGCCUUGUAUCUAAAUGAGACUCGCCCGCAUCUUAUUCAAGAGAUAAAUAGUCAAGAGACAAAUGGCUAUGUCGUCAUCGGCGGUGAUGCACUCCCUCACAAAGUAGUAAGAGUCUUUCGCGAUACAAAUAUGAAUAAUUCGGUCCCUUCUCUACUACUAACGUAAAUUUCUUUUAUGCUGACAAAUCCUAUCAACUAAGAGAAAUACUAACAAUUCUUGGUAUCGAAUUAAUCUCAAACUAAAUAUUUUUCCAGACUGCGUCUGAACUUAGGCAGUUGUAUAAAGCCAGGUUGAAGAACACGUCUCAAGAAGAAAACAGUUACGCUCCAUAUGGCUAUGAUAGUAUUUGGUUUUUAGCUCUCGCACUUAAUCAGACCAUGGCUCUACUCACUAAACACAACCUAUCGCUACACAACUUCACUUACAAAGGGCAACAAAGUCGAAUAAUUAAAGAAAGUUUGCAUCAGUCGUUAUUGGAAACCAGGUUUAUUGGCAUGUCGGUGAGUGAAAGCAGAGCAUCUCAUGCCUAAUGCGCUCGCUCGCAGCACCAUGGCUUAGAAAAUCUGUUUUAAAAUAGGCCAUUUCCGUGUUCCAAAAAACUCUUACUUUCAAAACGAGGCUAUGUGCAAAUUAUUUUUUAUGAAAAUGAGGGGUUUUUUUUGAAGGAGAAUAGCUUCAAUAGCUUCACCUUCAACUUCGCUUUGAAACAGAGGCUUGGGGCCACUGGGAGAUGGCCUAUUUGAUUAUUCCUUUACCAUANUUUUUUAACCGGUUUGACAGGUUUUCUAGUUAUUUUUAGGUCGAUGAAUGUCCUGGUUUUUGAUUGGUUGACUAAAAAAGAAUGUCGAACUUUCAAACGGGUUAAGCCAUCUAAAAAUAGGACAUAGCCUUGUAUCUAAAUGAGACUCGCCCGCAUCUUAUUCAACAGAUAAAUAGUCAAGAGACAAAUGGCUAUGUCGUCAUCGGCGGUGAUGCACUCCCUCGCAAAGUAGUAAGAGUCUUUCGCGAUACAAAUAUGAAUAAUUCGGUCCCUUCUCUACUACUAACGUAAAUUUCUUUUAUGCUGACAAAUCCUAUCAACUAAGAGAAAUACUAACAAUUCUUGGUAUCGAAUUAAUCUCAAACUAAAUAUUUUUCCAGACUGCGUCUGAACUUAGGCAGUUGUAUAAAGCCAGGUUGAAGAACACGUCUCAAGAAGAAAACAGUUACGCUCCAUAUGGCUAUGAUAGUAUUUGGUUUUUAGCUCUCGCACUUAAUCAGACCAUGGCUCUACUCACUAAACACAACCUAUCGCUACACAACUUCACUUACAAAGGGCAACAAAGUCGAAUAAUUAAAGAAAGUUUGCAUCAGUCGUUAUUGGAAACCAGGUUUAUUGGCAUGUCGGUGAGUGAAAGCAGAGCAUCUCAUGCCUAAUACGCUCGCUCGGAGCACCAUGGCUUAGAAAAUCUGUUUUAAAAUAGGCCAUUUCCGUGUUCCAAAAAACUCUUACUUUCAAAACGAGGCUAUGUGCAAAUUAUUUUUUAUGAAAAUGAGGGGUUUUUUUUGAAGGAGAAUAGCUUCAAUAGCUUCACCUUCAACUUCGCUUUGAAACAGAGGCUUGGGGCCACUGGGAGAUGGCCUAUUUGAUUAUUCCUUUACCAUAGGACCGUGCGCCCGCAACAUCAUGUAUGCCAAGGUGAAAUGUUACACUUGCCCAAACAUGUUUUAUGAGAAUUAAAGCACCCCUUCGUUUUUAAAAAGAUAUACGCCUCCCAUUUCAAAAUCAAUUUACAACUAUUAAAAUGGAACACUCGCUAACUUGUGUUACAUAACGGUCACAUUUUUGGGGCGGGUUAUCGGCCCUCGGCCUCGGCAGAUAACACUCUCCUCGAUCUGCAUACUAAGCUCAUCCAAUAAUUGCUAAAUGCUCGAAUCAGCUCACGAUUAGCUAUGAGCAUAUUAAGUUAGGAAGCUGGGUUUUAUUUGUUGUCUAAAAGAGACCACACCCCAUCUCCAAAGUGGCGGCGUUUGUUUUUUUCUCUUUUUACAAAUAUUCUUUACGCACAAACCUAAUACCGUAAAAUUCCGAAAAAAAGCCCCUCCAUGUAUAAGCCCCUCCAAAUAUAAGCCCCCCCAGACCGGUAACGCAAAAAAACCCUCCGUUAAAUCGCCCCUCCAAAUACAAGCCAUUAGGGGGCUUGUACUUGGAAAAUUGCCCUCAAAUAUAAAGUAAAACAAAGCAAAAACUGUAAUUUACUUCCAACUAUAAGGCUAGCCCAAUCUAUUUUGAAACGCAAAUUUCCCUCCGUAGAUAAGCCCCUCCAAAAAUAAGCCCCUCAAAAAGGGCCUUUGAAAGAUAUAAGCCCCGGGGCUUAUUUUCGGAAUUUUACGGUACCUUUAUGGGCAAAAAUAUUGUACGUCCGUCCUGAAAACCCUAAGCCAUGGCCAGUACAAAAUCUGCAAGUUCUAAUCCUCAGGCAAACGAAGUUUUUUUCAUAUCGGAAUCCCUUCCCCUGGCUAUAAAUAUAGUUAUUUAUUUUUUUAAAAAAUAAGAGUGAAAACCAAUACCUGAUCAUUCGUGUCUCCCAACAUGUUAAGGGUGAUGUUGGAUUUUCAGAAAAAGGAGAAAGGAAAACCAAGAUAUGGAUUGAGCAAAUGCAAGGUGAGGAUUAAAGAGAAUUUAAUACUAACAACCUUAAAUAUCUGUUGUUAAAUACUCGGCUGAUCGCCCAAACUCACGGUGUCUUCUCCCCAGUUCCAUCGAUUUCAUGAAAAAGAUAGACGUUAAUGUCUUGUAAGUUUCAGUGCACUUUUCCCUAGUUCAAUCAUAACGUUAACAAGUGUAUUUAUAAUUGAGUUGAAUGAGCGCGGGAACAGCUGGAAACGUCUGCGGCAACACCAAGUGGGGGCAAACCUCACCCGCACGAUUGUCGAGAACAGGUGGAAAGGUGUGAAAGACAUGGAAUAUAGCAGUAAAUUAAAAGAAAUAAAAACACAAACGAGAACAUUUGAUCUGGUAAAAAAAGGCCAGUUGGAGACUCUUUGUAUGCCUCUUACAAGAAAAUUAAGGUAUGUGCUAACGAUAUCUCUCGUUAAAACGUAAAACCUAUGAAAUACGUGUGGGCUACCUGAGAACGUGGGAUUUUAAAACUCACAAGAUUUAUUUAUUAUAUCGUUCCUAUUUCAGGUAACAAGGAAGUCAGAGUGGGAACCUUUAGAAGUGAAAACAGUAGUAUGGAAAUAAUUUCAAAUACAAAUUUCAAAUGGCCAGGUGCGUAAGGCCCAGUUUAAACGUCGACCUUUCCAUGUACCAAACCUAAUCCCUUGGAUUAAGUACUUGAAAAGAUAGACGUUUGAAUCAAUUAAGUUCGACGUAUCUAAUUUGGGUUGACCCAUGAAGUAAGAUCAAAUGGCCCACAUGGGAAUUUUAACGGUGGACCAACUUCGUUUCAAACGUCGAAAUUCUCAUCUGCCGAACGUAAGCAAGCAUUUUAGACCAUUGAACAUCAUGAAACUUAAUUGAUCGCGACUAAUUAAGCUCGACGUCUGAAUCAACCGUCGAACUUAUAUCAUUUUCGACGACCUAAAUAGGUAUUAAGUUCGGCACAUGAAAAUUAAAGAUCGACGUUUGAACUGGGCGGGGAGCUGGGCCCAAGUAGAGUACAGUGACCUAUCACGCAUGUACACCAUGAGGAUUUAUUUAUGUCUCGUGAUCUCUCAGAGAAAACGGAUGAAGCAAGCAAUUUAGCUUGCCCUUGGUACCAGAGGUUUCUUUCUUGCGCGUUGUUUAAUGCUUUUAAUUUUGGGCGCCUUCACAUCUUCGGUCGUUGCCGCGAGCGGAUAACUAUAAAAACUUGAACGAAAGCGCAAGGAAGAAAAAAGUCUCUGGCACCCACUUGGUAAAUACAAGUGGUCAAGUUGGGUUAGCGAAAACAACAAAAAAAUGAGGAAACUUUUAUGUUAAAGACGACUUUAAGCAAAAUAAGGGUAAGGGGAUCUUUGCGGUGUGAUCUUUUUGAAUGCAGAAUAGCCUGUUAGGGGUAUUCAGAUAGCGUUCGGUGUUUUCCUCCUAUUAAACCAGUUGAUAUUUCCUUCAUCUCACCAGUCUUCACGUAUAUAUAUACUGGAGUGGCGGGUUGUGUCAGUAAGGUCUAUUAUAAAAAACAAUUCGGCUGUAAGUUGAUAAUACAUUAGACUAAGUAUAGUAGUAAAGAAGUACUGUGAGUAAUGAAAUUACCGUUUUAAUAAGAGGAGGAGGAGGAGGAGAAAGAGGGGUUUGUUGAAAAUUGUGUUUAGUAGGCCAAGAAUCCGCAAUGAACCAGGAACCAGGAAAAUUAGUUGUUCUCAAUGAACGAUGAAAGCGGCAUGCAGCAAUAGAAAUUACAGUUCAGUGAUUUUAAUUCACAGGCGAGUUGGCGCUUAUUCCUUCGACAACAUGAAUCAACCAAUGAAUACUUUUCUUAAUUUUUAGUCAACCCAUCAAAAACUUAGACUUUCGAAUUUUGAAACGCAAAUUUCCCUCCGUAGAUAAGCCCCUCCAAAAAUAAGCCCCUCAAAAAGGGCCUUUGAAAAAUAUAAGCCCCGGGGCUUAUUUUCGGAAUUUUACGGUACCUUUAUGGGCAAAAAUAUUAGACGUCCGUCCUGAAAACCCUAAGCCAGUACAAAAUCUGCAAGUUCUAGUCCUAAGGCAAACGAAGUUUUUUUCAUAUCGGAAUCCCUUCCCCUGGCUAUAAAUUUUUAAAAACUAAGAGUGAAAGCCAAUACCUGAUCAUUCGUGUCUCCCAACAUGUUAAGGGUGAUGUUGGAUUUUCAGAAAAAGGAGAAAGGAAAACCAAGAUAUGGAUUGAGCAAAUGCAAGGUGAGGAUUAAAGAGAAUUUAAUACUAAUAACCUUAAAUAUCUGUUGUUAAAUACUCGGCUGAUCGCCCCAGCUCACGGUGUCUUCUCCCCAGUUCCAUCGAUUUCAUGAAAAAGGUAGACGUUAAUGUCUUCUAAGUUUCAGUGCACUUUUCCCUAGUUCAAUCAUUACGUUAACAAGUGUAUUUAUAAUUGAGUUGAAUGAGCGCGGGAACAGCUGGAAACGUCUGCUACACUUCAAUGCAAACUGCAACACCAAGUGGGGGCAAACCUCACCCACACGAUUGUCGAGAACAGGUGGAAAGGUGUGAAAGACAUGGAAUAUAGCAGUAAAUUAAACGAAAUACAAACACAAACGAAAACAUUUGAUCUGGCAAAAAAAGGCCAGUUGGAGACUCUUUGCAUGCCUCUUACAAGAAAAUUAAGGUAUGUGCUGACGAUAUCUCUCGUUAAAACGUAAAACCUAUGAAAUACGUGUGUGGGCUACCUGAGAACGUGGGAUUUAAAAACUCACAAGAUCUAUUUAUUAUAUCCUUCCUAUUUCAGGUACCAAGGAAGUCAGAGUGGGAACGUUUAGCAGUGACAACAGUAGUAUGGAAAUAAUUUCAAAUACAAAUUUCAAAUGGCCAGGUGCGUAAGGCUCAGUUUAAACGUCGACCUUUCAUGUACCAAACCUUAAUCCCUUGGAUUAAAUACUUGAAAAAUAGACGUUUGAAUCAAUUAAGUUCGACGUAUUUUAUUUGGGUUGACCCAUGAAGUAAGAUCAAAUGACCCACAUGGGAAUUUUGACGGUGGACCAACUUCGUUUCAAACGUCGAACUUCUCAUCUGCCGAACGUAAGCAAGCAUUUUAGACCAUUGAACAUCGUGAAACUAAAUUAAGCGCGACUAAUUAAGCUCGACGUCUAGCUUACAUCAUUUGCGACGACCUAAAUAGGUAUUAAGUUUGGCACAUGAAAAUUAAGGAUCGACGUUUGAACUGGGCGGGGAGCUGGGCCCAAGUAGAGUACAGUGACCUAUCACGCAUGUACACCAUGAGGAUUUAUUUAUGUCUCGUGAUCUCUCAGAGAAAAAGGAUGAAGCAAGCAAGCAAUUUAGCUUGCCCUUGGUACCAGAGGUUUCUUUCUUGCGUGUUGCUUAAUGCUUUUAAUUUUGGGCGCCUUCACAUCUUCGGUGGAUGCCGCGAGCGGAUAACUAUAAAAACUUGAACGAAAGCGCAAGGAAGAAAAAAGUCUCUGGCACCGAGUUGGCAAAUACAAGUGGUCAAGUUGGGUUAUCGAAAACAACAAAAAAAUGAAGAAACUUUUAUGUUAAAGACGACCUUAAGCAAAAUAAGGGUCAAGGUGAUCUUUGCGGUGUGAUCUUUUUGAAUGCAGAAUAGCCUGUUAGGGGUAUUCAGAUAGCGUUCGGUGUUUUCCUCCUAUUAAACCAGUUGAUAUUUCCUUCAUCUCACCAGUCUUCAGGUAUAUAUAUACUGGAGUGGCGGGUUGUGUCAGUAAGGUCUAUUAUAAAAAACAAUUCGGCUGUAAGUUGAUAAUACAUUAGACUAAGUAUAGUGGUAAAGAAGUACUGUGAGUAAUGAAAUUACCGUUUUAAUAAGAGGAGGAGGAAGAGGAAGAAUGGGGGGAAAGAGGAGGAUGGGGAGGAGAAGAAAGAGGAGGAAGAGGAGAAAGAGGAGUUUGUUGAAAAUUGUGUUUAGUAGGCCAAGAAUCCGCAAUGAACUAGGAACCAGGAAAAUUAGUUGUUCUCAAUGAAAAAUGAAAGCGGCAGCAAUAGAAAUUACAGUUCAGUGAUUUUAAUUCACAGGCGAGUUGGCGCUUAUUCCUUCGACAACAUGAAUCAACCAAUGAAUACUUUUCUUAAUUUUUAGUCAACCCAUCAAAAACUUAGACUUUCGUCGACCUAAAAGUAACUGAAAUACCUGUCUAACAUGUUAAAUAACCUAAAAUAGAAAAACAUCUUAUCUUAAUGAGAUAUUCCCACAUUUUACUAAAUAUAUAAAGACAAAAAGCUAUUACGUUGUCGGCGUUAAUGUAUUCAAUGUAUUACCCUUAAAAUGAAAGGUUAAUUUCGUUCCUACUAUACUACUUUGUAUUUUUUCUACAGACGGAAAAGGGGUGCCGUCUGAUCGUCGAAUAAUGAUUGAGAGGCGGCAAAAAGUCAGCCUGCUUUUGUUUGUGAUCUUGGUAGUUAUGUCCUCCUUAGGAAUUAUUAUGGCUAUUAGCUUUCUCAUCUUUAACAUACGAAACAGAGCUUCAAGGUGAGUUUUUGUUUUCAAAUCUUUAACGGAUUAAUGUCUUCAGUUGAAAAAAAAAAUCACAAUUACUUCUAUCAGCAAAUUGGACUAUUUUUGUUUUCUUCAAAUUUGCUCCAUUACAGACAUGUACCGUAAAUGAUCCAAUAGAGGAACCGCAAGCGGAGGUGUUUAUUACAUAGAAGGUGUUUAAAAGAGAGAGGCGUUAAUUUUCGUAACUGUAACAAACUCCAAAAAACUUAUAUGCUUUCGUCAAAUAUAUCACCACAGAAUAUAAAUAGGGUAAACGUGUUUGCUAUUUACUUGUUUGAUAAUAAUGUNGCAGCAAUAGAAAUUACAGUUCAGUGAUUUUAAUUCACAGGCGAGUUGGCGCUUAUUCCUUCGACAACAUGAAUCAACCAAUGAAUACUUUUCUUAAUUUUUAGUCAACCCAUCAAAAACUUAGACUUUCGUCGACCUAAAAGUAACUAAAAUACCUGUCUAACAUGUUAAAUAACCUAAAAUAGAAAAACAUCUUAUCUUAAUGAGAUAUUCCCACAUUUUACUAAAUAUAUAAAGACAAAAAGCUAUUACGUUGUCGGCGUUAAUGUAUUCAAUGUAUUACCCUUAAAAUGAAAGGUUAAUUUCGUUCCUACUAUACUACUUUGUAUUUUUUCUACAGACGGAAAAGGGGUGCCGUCUGAUCGUCGAAUAAUGAUUGAGAGGCGGCAAAAAGUCAGCCUGCUUUUGUUUGUGAUCUUGGUAGUUAUGUCCUCCUUAGGAAUUAUUAUGGCUAUUAGCUUUCUCAUCUUUAACAUACGAAACAGAGCUUCAAGGUGAGUUUUUGUUUUCAAAUCUUUAACGGAUUAAUGUCUUCAGUUGAAAAAAAAAAUCACAAUUACUUCUAUCAGCAAAUUGGACUAUUUUUGUUUUCUUCAAAUUUGCUCCAUUACAGACAUGUACCGUAAAUGAUCCAAUAGAGGAACCGCAAGCGGAGGUGUUUAUUACAUAGAAGGUGUUUAAAAGAGAGAGGCGUUAAUUUUCGUAACUGUAACAAACUCCAAAAAACUUAUAUGCUUUCGUCAAAUAUAUCACCACAGAAUAUAAAUAGGGUAAACGUGUUUGCUAUUUACUUGUUUGAUAAUAAUGUGAACUGCGGAAAUACAAAUUUUUAAAUGAACAUAUGAUCGCCGCAGUGGUAAUUAAAAUUGAGCAAUUGCAAAUAAACCCGAAAAAAAAAUUCCGGACUUCAACGGGAUUCGAACCCAUGGCCUCUGCGUUAGCGUUGCAGAGCUCUACAGACUGAACUACGAAGUCCCAGCUACACUUUAAAGUUUGUAUCAGACGUCCGUCUUCAAUAAACAACCCCUGUCUAAUAGACGCCCCGGAUGACAGUUGCUCCAUAGUACUGGGAAAUAGCCAAAUAUAGUAAAAUCAUUCAACUUAUUUAGUUCCAUGUUUGAUAAACAAAAGUUUGCGCAUUGCAUUUUGUUCAAGUUCAAACUAAGAACUAUGACAUCAAAGUUGACUUUUAUAAAAACGAUCCUGAUCUCUUAACAGCCGAGACGUAUCAAUGAAUGGAUUGGAUAGUCCGCUAUUUACAUCUAGAAACGUUAAGAGUGCAUAAUCGGUUGUCUGACAACUAUAAAAGCUAGUCAAAAGUGCGAAUUAUGCUAGCAGUGUUUUUUUCAGAAAAUAGAUGAAAAUUGAGCUCGUAAUGACCAAUUAUGCCAAAAAUUAUACCAGCACAAUCCGUAAUCAAAGCCUAGUUUUGACUGCUGUAAAUUAACCACAACAUGGAUGUGCGAUAUCCGAUUACAGGCCGUUUGCAGGGGUCCUACUCUGUGUGACAUUUCAGAUUGGUUUCCCUAUGGUGAGAACGCGGAGGUACGGUCAGGUCACUACCAAACUUUUUGAAUGUAUAGCUAACUAAAAUUUCUUAGCUAAAAUGCUCCGCUCGCGCACGAGUAGAGCUCCGCUAUUAAGGCAAGAUGAGUUCUUUCGGUGUCGUGUUGACGUCUUGCAGAGUUAAUUUUCACGUAGUACGAUCAGCAUUGCAGUAUUCAAGUGUAUAUUUCAUCGGCUUUUAACAUCUGCUAGGUCCAUACGUUCAGUCGAAGCAUAAGUCAAAAAACAAGGUAUUUAGGGACUUGUCAGUUUUAGCAGGGGGGAGGUGGGGUGGGAAUUUUAAAUUUGGGUUCGGAAAUCAGGUGACCUAUCCCUGCAAUGGGAGUGAAAUUUGCUAACCCUCCCCUUCAGCUUGGCCUAAAAUAUCAUGACCCUCCCCCUCUUGUAUAAAUGAUAAAAUCUAGUUCUUGCAAUACACUUGGGUGAGUCAGUAUUAUGAAAGCUCAAAAUAUAUUUCUAAUCUGUUCUUUGUAAUGCCAUAUACAUACAUUUUAGAUGACAGCAUUAAGAGUCCGACUCUGAUUCUGACAGCUGAUCACUCGACUCUCCUAUUUCUCCUAGGGUUUUUUUUACAAAAUAAAGAACUUCUUUUUUCUUCUGUGGGUGAACCUCUACAUGAUCACACACACAUAUUUGCAUGACCCCCGCCCCCUUUUAACGAUCAUUUUUCGUGACCCCUCCCUUUUCUGCAGUCUCAAAAAGUUGUGACCCUACCUCUGUACCCCCCUCCCCCCCUGCUAAUUCCUGACAAGUUCCUUAUUGGAUAAUUCGGUCACUUGCACUUUUAGUCUCAUCAAAAUGUCUUCUCCGAAUAUAAACAACAUCAUGGCAGUGGGCUGUAUAAUCUGCUACGCAUGCGUGUUCCUAUUGGGAGCAGACAGUUUGCUGGAUCAGGAUUCUCAGAUAACAACGCACUCAACACUAUGUAAGGUGAGGGAUUUUUCUGUCAUUGUUCUCCAGCUCUCUUUCAACGGCUGGUUUGUAUGCUACUCCAGUUUGUGAUCAUGCCUGUUGACGACCUUUUUUAUGUUUUUUUUGAGGUCGUAAGCAAUUGUCGAAUGUGUCAAGUUGAGUUCGCAUGAUGUUUUUUGUAACUGCUUCAUAACGGAAUGUCAAAGCCGUGCAAGACCGUGUAACACAACUGAAUGAUCAUAAUCACGUCCUGUUUUUACCAAAAUUGAAGAGACGCAAUUUACUUUGCUUGCACUUCUUGCUUGGCAACAGUCUUCGCUCACCAUUUUUUUUCAUUGUCUAUUUGUUGUUUCGCGUUUAUCGCUGGUUCAGUCAUGCGUAUUUGCGCCUGGUACUGUCAGUAGGUCACCUACGCUUGAACUGGUGAAGAUGUGUUUUGCCGCGCUUGGCUUUUAUUAAAGGCCUAGCUAAGGUCGGCGCUGGCUGCAUGUUGUCCUGUUUUUAUUCUUCAUUUUAGUUUUCCACACGUGGCAUUACUCGGUAAGUUUUUGUAUUCAGCGCUAUCAUAUGAUCUUUCUAGUGAUAGGUUAUUCGUAUCUGAGAGGUAGGAAGGUCCAAGCACCAUGUAAAGUGCUUUCGUCAGGAAGAUCCUGGUACUAGGAACAAAACAUACAUAAAUGGCGGCAGUUUGUUCAAUUGGGAGUCUUUGAUUUUUAAUCCCUUCUGUACUGUUAACUACAAGGACCGAAAUUUCUGUAUGUAAACCUAACGAAAAGUUGUUCCACCUUCUAGGAUCUCCCUGGCAUACGUGGAUCUUUCUCCCUCUAUCUAAGCUUUCCCGCGUUUGAUCAUGGGUAUUAGAGUAUCUAGCGCUAUAUGUAAACUUACUACAAGUCGACCUCACGAGUUUCUUAGCGAGCGGGGUGAGCUUUUUAGGCCGCGAAGCGGCCAAGCGAGCGACGAAGUCGCGAGAGGUAUACUCUUGACGUUGCAUUUUAAUUUCCAGAACUUAACUGUUACUUUUCCGAUUGUUGGCACUGGUCAUUUGUCGUGGUUUCUUUCCUUCAUAAGUGUAGUGGAGUAGAACCACAGACAGUAGUUUCAUUAAAGUUUGAUUUAUUGCAUAAUCUCUUUAUCCUAGGGUCUAUGCUAACAGCAAUUUGUUAAAUUCGAAAAGAAAAAAUCAUUAGAAACUGUCAUAAUUUAUAGAAAUGAGAUCGUACUUCUGUUUAUCAUCUAUCUCUUUCAAUUUCUCAGGCUCGUCUUUGGGUAAUGUCAGUUGGAUUUACUAUGGCAUAUGGUGCUAUGUUUGUAAAAACGUGGAGAGUUUACAGGAUAUUUACGAACACGGAUAUGAAAAAAGAGGUAGGUAUAUGAAACAAUCACCGGGUGAUCAUGUGUAUUGGUGAAAUAAAAUUAAAGAAAAUGCUGCUGAAACUUUCUCGGCUUGUUCAUAUUUUCGACGCCAUUUUACGACUUAAAAGAAAACUAGUGGGUUUAGAACAAAACAAAACAAAAACUAGGAAAUAGAAUAUAGAUCGGGGUUGCAUGUAGUUAACACUACAGUGAAUUUCCGACUAUUCUUUUUUUUUUGGAAAAAUGGCGUUGAUUCUCUCCUUCGUCCAAGGAGCAACCGCGGCGGAUGCAAAAAGCAAAAGAGAAAAAGGGAAAAAGGGACUCCAAGGCUCGUUCACCAAGAGACUAUUUACCUUGCGGACGUUUUGUCGUCCUAUAUGUUUAUUGGCUUUUGUGAAAACGUUUCCAUAAAAGCCGUUAUCACAAAAAACAAUAAGGCAAAUCGCUAUCUCUUCUUUCUUUCCCUGGUUUAAGAGAUGCCACCAUAUUUAUUUUUUGUUUUACGUUCUCAGCUCGGAAGGCUUCAUGACCGUCAUCUCGUAGGGAUACUGGUCACUCUUGUUAUCUGGGAUCUGUUAUACCUGUCUGUUUGGCAAUCAAUCUCACCUCUUACUACUGAGAGCAAGAUGGUUGGAGUAAGUAUCUCAACCAAAACGUCCAUUGAAGGAUGUGUCACGAAAUUUAUCAAAAUUCACACGGCUGUAACUGCCACCAAAUUGAGUGAAACAAAACAAAUGCUCAUAAUGUUUAAAGAAGGUAUAAAUGACACUGCAAAUACCAAAGGAAGCACGGAUGGACAAACUUGAAGAAGAUUGAAACGGAUUGCAAUUGUGGUUUUUGAAAACAUGUUAGCCUAACAACUUUUCAGAGUUCAUUUUGAUUGUAUGUAAAGUUUGAUUUGGUACUUGGGAGACAUAUUUGUUUGAAAUAAAGCUGCUAUUUUGUCAUUUAUUAUUUACAAGUAAUUUAUCAAGUUUUAUAGAGAAUGAAGACACGUAAUUGGCUUUAUAAACAAGGCGAAAUUAAGUAACCAACCGUGACACAGCUUCUUUAAGCUUGAGUACCUCAUUAUUUCUUUAUCCGUAGCCACUUGGUGGAAUUCGAGUAGGUAAGGGAUUUAGCUGCCCCCAAUUCCCUUUAAAAUAAGUCAUCACACAUUGUAAAUUUAUAUAUUUCCAUCAUGUCUACUAAUUGAAUACUAUUGGGCGUUUUGAAACUGAAAAUUCUUGCAAUGAAUGAUCGCAUACUGACACCUGUAGGGGCGGAUCCAGAAAAUUCAGAAAGAGGAGGCCGGGACACUUGUCCGCUAGGUAAAUACCGUUAAUUUUACUGAGAAUUAUUUUCAAAUAAUGCAAAAUUUGACCACCCCUAAAAGCGCCCUUGCAUCAUGUUGUGGCUCAUAGAUAAAAGCUUGCAAACAAACUUGCCUGUUUAUCAUGCGAAAACGUGCACUUUCGCAAUUGGGUGAAAUAAAGUUUGCCAGAAAACAUACCGGUGAGGGACAGUAAAUUUAUACCCCCUCCGUAUAAAACGUCCCUGGAUCCGCCCUUGCCAUUGCCUCGUGCUGUAACCACUAAACAAGUUUUUCUCACAUAAUAUUCCUGUUGAAUAUUUUUAAGGUGUUGAUGCCGAAAGAUGAAAUCAAUGUGAGACACUUUGUAUGGGUUUGUAACUGUGAGCACAUUGGAACGUGGACGGCCUCCUUAUACGCCUACAAAGGCCUACUCUUGGCAAUUGGUGUCUUCCUUGCUUGGGAAACAAGAAACGUGAACUAUCCAGCCUUGAACGACUCAAGACAGAUCGGAAUCAGCGUGUAUAAUGUAGUUCUCUGUUCCUCAAUCGCUAUAUUGUUAGAUUUUGCGUUAAAGCAACGAACAAGUGUGAACACUUCAUUUGUGUUGUCAGGCACCCUGGUAAACAUAUGUAUUUCGUUCUCACUUGGACUUUUGUUUUUGACCAAGGUAAGGCUUGUUUGAGGCAAAAUCAACAGUCAAUUCACUUUUUAAAAGAGUACCGGUGCAUUGGCUUUUUUUUUAGUUACCGCUGCUACGGCUUAUACCUUAGGACUCUCCUGGCCACGAUUUUCUGCAUAGCUGGUGGAAGUUUGCCCUCCAAUGCUUAAUUUUAGGUCGUGACUGCGAGCGGUGAAGCUGCGAGGAGAACGGAUUCAGGUCGACAAAACUGCCCAUGAGGAUGGCGCUGGCGAUCAUGAAUUUGCUUGGAAGUACUCCUGUAGCUGCCUCCUCCUCAGGCACCCCGUAUUUCGCAUAGAAUCAAGCGCCAAACGUGAGUGACUGGUGAUGAAGCGCAAUUGAACCCGGGAAAGAGAAAGAAGAAAGGCGAGACCCGUUUUCCCCUUCCCGUUUCUCUUUGUGCGCAACUUUUCAUCAAGAAAGAGACGUCUUGGUUCGAAGCAGCUCCCGUAGCACUCCCGUGCGGCAAAAUACCACCAGCUUCGGAAAUAUCAGGCUAAGGGUUUUCCGCAGUUAGGUCUCUCCUGCACUUUGCGUUCUGAUGAAUGCGCGCAACACGAAUUCUACAAACAAUGCAUUACAGGACUAAAAUUGAUGGACUUGUUAUCAUCCCGGUUCAAAAAUGGCGCUGUUAAAAAACCUUUUUUUUUCUUUUCUAGAUUCAUGCCUUAAGAUUUAAACCAACAGUCCACGUGCAAGACGAUCAACCUCCCACAAUUUCAACACAAAGUAAAUCUCGACCACACCCAAACUGUCCUGCUUGCAAGUGCGAAUAACACAUGGUCAUUUAGUUAACGAUUGGGUUUGGUGAUAUUAGUCAUGCAGGGAUAUUUGUAUUCUGUCGUUCGAGGUAGGAUACUCAAAGCAGGAUUUGAGAGAAUAAAGAGCCUUAGAUUUGAGGACAAGAACGAGUACUAGAUUUAACUUAAAGUUAAAACGACAUCCUGCAAAGCUUCCAUUUACUUUUUUCACCAAAAAAGAUAGUACGGUUAUAUAUUCUGAAGGAGGUUAAACCCUCUCCCGAUAGCAAAAUGAUAAAAUGUCUUACAUUUGAUAACUUGUUCCCGCCUCUGAGAGAUUCUCGCUAAAACUUGUACUAGAAUGACGGCGGCUAUCACGUUUUCCCGCCAAAAUGACGCUGCUUCACGUGCGAGCAUAACUUAGUAUAGCAAAAAUCUCGUAAUUGUAGUCGUCCUCGUCUUAGAAUCUAAAGCUCUCUAAUAUUUGACUUUUUUAAAAUCCUAAUUUGAGGAUAUAUUGUGAAGUAGAUUGGUGUUCUUCUAAGGCAGGAACUGGGACGCGUGAGACGAUUUAUAUUUAAAAUUUCUUUUGGCGUGUGAAAUGUUUCGCCCUUUCGAAGAAAUUAGGAAAAGAGGAGACUGUCCCCAGUCGCACUGUCAAGGGAAACUUGUAAUCGUCAAAUUUCCAUGAGGCUUUAGAAGACCCGCGACCAGGAGCCAUAAUUGGGGUGGGGGACCUUAACUGGAUGCCUUUCCCAGUAAUGGGGUUGGUUCCAUCGAAAUAGUCAAAUCAAAUGUGCUAUUUUCCAUCUCGUGUGACACGCGUGCGCAAUUUUGAGAGGGCAUUGCGCAAAUGAUAAACAAACAAAAUGGCUUCGAAAAUUAUCUCCGUAGGAGAUGAAAACCUCUUUGACAAUAACUCUGAAUAUUUAGGACUGUGAAUGUGAUUCUGGUGAUUUUAAUCAUCGUAAUGAGGCUGUUUUUGACAAAUCCAGAGACGAAGAGAUUUCGGAGGUGUUGUGCUAUGAAUAUCCAGUUCGGACGAAACAAAAAAAAAAAAACUUGCGGGGAAAAGGAGGGUGGAAAAUUGACAACGAGAACAAAUCAUUGUGGCUAAUUUUCCUCAAAUAUAUCUUUGAAUUCAUGAUAAAUACAGCUCCACCAGCUUCAAACAGCGUCUACCAGCAGAAGUUCGCGAAAAAAGACUUUAAAUACAAUAAUUUUCUCAUAUUAACAUUAUCCUUGGCAACGUGGCGCAGUGGUCUAGGAGNACACGCGUGCGCAAUUUUGAGAGGGCAUUGCGCAAAUGAUAAACAAACAAAAUGGCUUCGAAAAUUAUCUCCGUAGGAGAUGAAAACCUCUUUGACAAUAACUCUGAAUAUUUAGGACUGUGAAUGUGAUUCUGGUGAUUUUAAUCAUCGUAAUGAGGCUGUUUUUGACAAAUCCAGAGACGAAGAGAUUUCGGAGGUGUUGUGCUAUGAAUAUCCAGUUCGGACGAAACAAAAAAAAAAACUUGCGGGGAAAAGGAGGGUGGAAAAUUGACAACGAGAACAAAUCAUUGUGGCUAAUUUUCCUCAAAUAUAUCUUUGAAUUCAUGAUAAAUACAGCUCCACCAGCUUCAAACAGCGUCUACCAGCAGAAGUUCGCGAAAAAAGACUUUAAAUACAAUAAUUUUCUCAUAUUAACAUUAUCCUUGGCAACGUGGCGCAGUGGUCUAGGAGCAGACCUUCCGAUGAUCCGGAUUCGACACUCGACUCAGCUACAGUGAAACCUCUAUUAAGCGGACACCUUCGGGACCUUCCCAAGUGUCCGCUUAAAAAAGAUUGUAAAAAUUGCUCAAUGUUUGUUAACGAUCAACAUUCAACGGUUACUCCGUACUGUGAUAAAGUUACAUGUUGUUAAAGAAGCUAUCCAGAGUUCAAAUUCAUUACCUUUUAUUACCAACUUUAAUUUGUUUGUAAAUUCAAAAACAUUAACUGACUUUAAUUCGUAUUUCAAGGACGUAAUCCAAUACUACUAUUGUCAAUUCAGUCCGAUAUCCGCUUAAUAGAGAUUUUUAACAAUAGAAAUUAGCCAAAUACAGCUUAUUUUAGCGUCCGUGUCGGCUUAAUAGAGGUGUCCGCUGAAUAGGGGUUCGUUAUAAAGGGAAAUAUCGGACGUUCGUUUCGGGACCAGGCUUAGUGUCCGGUUAAAAGAGGCUGUCCGCUUAAUAGAGGUUUCACUGUAUUUUUUUCUUUGUUGUAAAGUUUUUUCGUUUUGUUUUUGUUUUUAUUUUUUUUAAUCAUGUUUGUCCUCUUUGGCUUGUUUCCCUUUAUUCUUGCUGCUGGCCCAUCACAGCCUCGCGAGGUUUUUGCAAUAAAUGUAUUUCUAGUAUAUUUGCAAUGUUUAUAUAACAUUGGCUCAUUUUACCAUCGGGUAUGCAUUGUAUAAUAUCGAGAUAUGAAGCACAUGGAAAGUUCAGAGAGAACUCAGACAAAGUCGCAAGACGAUCGCCUAUCUCCAGAAAUUCCACACGAGAGCCGUGCAAAUUUGCGAGUUCCCGCGCGAGUUUGUGAAGUUGAGGGUGGCGCAGUUUGAUUAGCCUUAGCCUGCGAGGAAUUUGAAUUCCACCUCCAAUUCCCCUGUGGCUCCCCGUCGACAUGAGCUGUCAGAUGUCCGCCAAUAUCAGCGCGAAUUUCGCAUCGACUUUUUGGAGCGCUAGGGCGCCCCGAAGAGUUUGGUCGAAGGCUACAAUUUGCUCAAAAAAUAGCACAUUUGCCUAUUUUGAUGGAGACGCGUGGGCCCUGCGCUUGCGGUCUUCUACCCCGAUUAGUUCUUAUGCUAGCGACUCAAAACUUGUGCCGGUCAGUACAUAUACAGUGACAACAUCAUGGCUUUGUCAUCGACUUUUAGCACUUCAACGAGCUGUCUCUUUCAGAUUGAGUUUUUCGUUUUCUCGCCCAUUCUUGCUGUAGGCUCCGUCUGGGUAACUUAUCUCACGUGUAUACGACUUUCCAAAGUUAAAAAAAGAUUGUUCAAACUCAUUAACUUUUCAUUAGUAUUAAUUAAUUAAUUACUUAAUAUUAAUUGAUCAGUCAAAAGCUAAUAAAUGAUGACCAUCAUCUGAGAUCAAAAAGUUGCAUUUGCAUUUUGAUUGUUUCAUUUGAGAAGUCGGUACAUAUUUUACUCAUAGAAAGAAAUCCUUUUUAAACAUUUUAAAAAACUGUGAAUGUAUUACCCGGAUAGACUUUUCUUAAAACCUUUUAAUUACUUAAGGAUAGAUAAGAAUUGUGAUUUACUUGAUUUAUAAUAAAGAAUUCACUUUUGUUUAUUUCUAGUCUGUAUCACAUAUGACAAUUAUUACUCACAACAAUGUAAGCACAGUGCUAACGGCGAACUCCGAAUGUCAACUAGACGUUUGCGUUUGCCGUUCCGUCCGCUGUGUGCUUGUUUAAGAUUCCGGUCAACACGACAGAACUGAAAAAAAUGUUAAAAGUACGCGACAAAUUGUCUAAAAUAAUGGAAAGUAAGCUAACAUUAACUGACUGUUAACCAAAAUCUUCCAUCAGGUUUCUUCAUUUUUCUUUUAAACAAAGCAAAAGACCUAUGAUACCUGGCAAGUGUUCUCGGUCGCGGUUCACUGUAACUGGUCAAAAUAUGUAGAGAAAAUGUCAUCUUUUUACAAACAGUACGUGUAGAAAAGGAAUAAUAAACGAUGGCUAUGAAAACAAGCGAUCAAAAUGAAGAAGUAACUGGUACAAACGGUUUGGAAAUACUCAAGUUUUCGCGUUUCUUCAAUAGGGAAAAAUGUCUUCCUCGCGUUGAAACGGUGGCCGGCAAGCGGCAAACGCGAGAAAAGUCAGGUCACGUGACCCUUGCUUUAUCGCUCUUUAAUUACAAAUUAGAUUUUAUAAAAUAAAUAGGAUAGUACGCGCCCUCUGAUUAGCCGAAAUGAGUGUUUGCAUGAGGGUAUGUAAACAUGGUUGUGGCGUCAAGAUGUUUUGCUUUUCGCGCGCUAAUCACGCAAGCAGGAAUUUGAAAACGUUUUCGAGUUCAAAACUCCACAAGUUUACUUUAUUUACCCAUUCCUUCGUCGGCUGAGACUUGGAAAAUCGUUACAAAGAAGAUGUGUGUAUUUUCCUUUGCUUAAGCUGACAUUUUAAACGAAAAAAAUUCCUAUUUUGGAAAGCAUCGUUUUGCAAAACAAGAACUGAUUACGGUCGCAAGACUUCGUUGACAAGACUGUGCGACUGGUAAGAAUAGAGCCAUUUAUAGGAAAAAUAAGACGCGUCUUAUUUAAGACACAUCAUAUUAAUAAGACGCGAACUUUCCGUAUAAACGGCACAUUUCUUCUAAAAUAAGACGCGACUUAGCUAAGACGCGUCUUAUUCUAGAACAGCCCUUAACACCUGUUCUUACAUAAGACGCGUCUUAGCUAAGACGAGAAAAACUUCGUAUAAAUGACCUUCGCGUCUUACAUCAUUCUCGUCCCCAGAGCCACUCGGCUUAAUUUGUAACCGUGACAAAGAAACGACGGACUCUGGGGACGAGAAUGGUCUUGCAUAAGACGCAAACGCAUAGUACGCAUGCGUUAAUUUUUGGCGGUAAAAUUAUCGCUUGCCCUGCGGUGGACUGGCAGGCCACUGGCGGGGAAAAUUGUUUACAAAUUACAACGCGUUUUCGUUUCCUUGUCUAUUCUGCUCAAAUACAAUGAGCACGCCGUUCAAGGUAAAAAGAAACACUUGGUCCAUCGCGGAGGAAAAAGAUUUUUUGUUUUUAUGUAAGGACAGGGCGAUUUACAGACCUCCUUGUCAAAUGCGUGACAUCUGCUGGUGUAAGUAGACCCUUUUAACUUUAAACUAUCACAAUUUAUAGCCCAACAACAGAGGAUGAUCGAAAUUAUUACUAUUGCUCAAUCCUUUGCUUCCGGGAAAGCGGCUGGAUACGAUAAUAUUCCAAUGUCUAUAAUCAAGGAAUCCAUUCAAAUCAUUUCGGGACCUCUGGCUCACAUUAUGAACUUAUCGAUCGCUCAUGGCGUUGUACCAGAUCAAAUGAAAAUAGCUCUUGUGGUACCACUGUUUAAAGCUGAUGACCAGUCACUAUUCACCAACUAUAGGCCUGUCUCGGUUCUACCAAGCUUUUCAAAAUUUCUAGAGAGAAUCAUCUAUAAUCGCUUGUAUGAUUAUUUAACUAAUUUACAUAUUCUCUGUGAUAACCAGUUCGGCUUCAGGAAAAACCACUCUACGACGCUUGCCUUGAUUGAUUUGCAUGAGAAAAAUUUAUCUGCUAUUGAUCGUGGUGAAUUAGCGGUUGGUGUUUUUUUAGAUCUCUCUAAAGCUUUCGAUACAGUCAAUCAUUCCAUCUUAUUUGGUAAACUUGAACACUAUGGUAUACGUGGCUUGGCUCUGAAAUGGAUUAAGAGCUAUUUUUCCAACAGACUUCAAUUUGUAGAAUACAAAUCUUGCGCUAAUAUCAUGUGUGGCGUUCCCCAAGGUUCAGUACUAGGGCCUUUGUUUUUUUCUGCUCUACAUCAACGAUAUAAUAAACACGUCAACAAUAUUACAACUGAUAUUAUUUGGCGAUGAUACAAACUUUUUUGUGUCUCGCAAGGAUAAAGACUGCCUGACUAAUAUACUGAACGCUGAGCUAAAUAAGUUGUCAUUAUGGUUUAGAGCUAACAGGCUUUCAUUAAACUUGAAAAAAACCAAAUUCAUUGUAUUUAAAUCAUGCCAAAAGCGUACAAAUCAAACUAUUCAACUUUUAAUCAAUAGUCCAAAAAUUGAUCAAGUAAAAGAAACAGUUUUCUUGGGAGUAAUCAUGGAUGAAAAUUUAAAUUGGACAUCUGAAAUCUCACAUGUCGCCAAUAAAGUUUCUAAAUGUACAGGAAUUAUUCGUAAAUCCAGUUUCUAUUUAUCUACGAAAACCUUACGAACACUAUAUUUUUCUUUAGUCUAUCCAAACUUUUUUUACUGCAACUUAGUUUGGGCCUCCACUUACAGAACUAACCUUAUUCGUCUUGAGAUUUUACAGAAACGGGUGAUCAGAACUAUAGCUAAAUCCACUUUCGAUGCACAUACUGAUCCAAUCUUUCAAAAUCUUGGUAUCUUAAAAUUUCAUGAUGAUAUAUACUUAAUACAACUUGGCUUAUUCAUGUACUCCUAUCAAAACCAUACUCUACCUUUAAAACUCCAUUGUAAAUUUACUUUGCAAAGUCAAAUUCAUUCGUAUAAUACAAGAAACUCGUGUAAAUUUCGUCUGCCUUUCUCUCGUACUCGAACCAAACAAUUUUCCGUUUUUUAUCAAGGACCUAAAUUUUACACUACCUUAAACACCAACAUCAUCAACGCUUCCUCACCUUUUUCCUUUAAAAGAGCACUUAAGGCAUUUAUUUGUAAUAAUUAUUAGUAUACUCCAACAGAAAUCUUGCGAAAAAGCCUUCUAAUAUUCAACAUUAUUUGUAAACUUCCGUAAUAUUGAUUAGUUUAAUUUUCCACCUGAUAAUAUUUUGUAUCCGUCGCCGUAAUUUUUAUGCCACCUUCGAAAAAUUGUAAUUGAGGAGUCCUUAUUAACAUAAGCUCUAUAGUUUCCUUUAGGCCUCCUCGCCAUUUCUUCCUACAUUUUUUUUGGCAUUUCUUUGUAAUUAUUGUAAUCGUGUGGCAAAUAAAUAUAUACAAAUACAAAUACAAAUUUAUAUUUACUAAUCUUCGUAUUAUAAACUUGCACGCUAAAAGUAAGUUUACGUGUACAGAAGACUUGGGUAAGAUAUGUUCGUAUAAAUGGUCCAGUGUAAGACGUGUCUUGUUUUUCCUCGUAUAAAUGGCCCUAAUGUCUCUUUUAAUCAGUACCAUACAAAGAGUUUUGCGUUUUUCCUCGGGAAAGUUAUUUUACAAAAGCAAUAGAAAACGUUUUUCCUGUGUUUGCAUAGCCUGAUAUAAACCCUCGAGCGUUGGGAGAAUUCUCGACAGUUAUGCAGACCCUCGAUUUGCAUAACUGUCUCGAAUUCUCCCAGCCUCUCUUCUGUUUAUAUCAGGCUAUGCAAACACAGAAAACGUUUUCUAUUGCCUAAAUAACAUUGCUAGAAUAUUCGCCUGAUGAAAUUCAAUAGCGCGAGCGUGCUUGAUAUUCCCAUUGAGCACGGUGAUGACGUCAAUAAACUUACCUCGAGUUCCUGUGAGCUUAAUAGCAAUCCUCCCAAGACGUCUCCCAAGUGCAUCCAUAACUCAACAGGGCAUGAUGACGCGUUAACCAUGUGUUUUAUAACGUAAAUUUAAGAGAAAACUUUUGAAUUUGUUAACCGAUAGUAGGGGAAAGAGGUGAGUGUUGUUGUUGUUAGCCUGCAUGACAGGCGCUUUAUUAGCCAAGCGGGGCGAACGCGAUAUUUGUCAUCUGCGCGAGCUGUGCGGGCUAUAUAUGGCGUGUGCAAAUCAUUCUUUGCAAAGUUGUUUCCUUCAAAACGAAUUUUUCGGUGAAUUAAUAGUUUUCCGGCACCUCAGUCUGGAAUUUGCAAUCAUUUUUAAUGUUAUCUUAAGCGACUUGAGUAAACUUUCUCUCAGUUUCUAGACAAAAGCAUAACUACGAGGUAAAAAAGUAUAGUCACGUAGGCAUUGACGUGUAUUGCUUUGAGCGCGCGCUACAAUAAACAUUUUAAGUUACUGCUGCAUUGAUCGUUUUGUUAAUUAAUGUUAUAAAACAAUUAUUUCAUGAUUUAGCUGUGCGUAUGUCAAGAUAUUGAGCACUUGGGAAGUUUGGAGAGCACUUAAGAGGCUGCGCCUCGAUUUACUCUUACGCCUCUUUCGUGCUUUCCCACAGGCGGCCCAGACGUAGUAUGUGUCACUGAAUGAAUAUAUUAAUAUUCACAUGGACAAAUUAAUGCGAGGAGUCGUCGAAACUCCCAUGAACUAAAAUAGUCCAAAAGUCAAAAUAUAUCAAAACAAAGCUAAGAUACCUUCAACUGAACGUAUCCUUGUCUUUCCUGGCCGGUUUAAGUGGCAUUUUGUUGAGUUUUGCAAUUGUAGGUACUAUCUACUAAAGAAGAAUUAAAGGCUGGCUACAAAACAAACGGACCAUCUCCACGCGCCUUCACACGAAGCGCUAUAAAUUCGAGAAUAAUCGACGAAUCCGCUCCAAAUUGCCAUCGGCUAACCUGCAGGUAACGUGUGCUCCUGCUUCUUGCUCGCUGGCUCCACAAAAACCAUCGCAACUGCACAAUAAUUGCUCGCUCAUCAACAACCACUGUUGACCUUUACGCUUCGAUAUGAGCGCAAACUACCAGGUUUAAUACGCGACGUGAAUAUUCAAGCUUAGCGACCGCGUUCGCGCAUUAAUGCAGUACUUGCUAUGCUGUGGCUUUCCAGACUUCCCGCAUGCUUAAUAUCUCGACAUACGCACGCUGACGUAUGAACUAAUUGUUAAAUAAAAUACUUUGUCANGUAGGUACUAUCUACUAAAGAAGAAUUAAAGGCUGGCUACAAAACAAACGGACCAUCUCCACGCGCCUUCACACGAAGCGCUAUAAAUUCGAGAAUAAUCGACGAAUCCGCUCCAAAUUGCCAUCGGCUAACCUGCAGGUAACGUGUGCUCCUGCUUCUUGCUCGCUGGCUCCACAAAAACCAUCGCAACUGCACAAUAAUUGCUCGCUCAUCAACAACCACUGUUGACCUUUACCCUUCGAUAUGAGCGCAAACUACCAGGUUUAAUACGCGACGUGAAUAUUCAAGCUUAGCGACCGCGUUCGCGCAUUAAUGCAGUACUUGCUAUGCUGUGGCUUUCCAGACUUCCCGCAUGCUUAAUAUCUCGACAUACGCACGCUGACGUAUGAACUAAUUGUUAAAUAAAAUACUUUGUCAAAUUAUAUUGUGUACAAGUCGUCUUAUUUACAAUUGGGGAAAAAAGGAUAUUAAAAAAAAAAGAACAGAAAAAAAGUGUCGAAAAGAGUAAUGGCAGGCAGUUUAACUUUUGGUGUUUAAGAAAAACACUGGCCAUGUUUUACUUUUUAAAUUCCAGAGGAAAAAACCUAAUAGUGCAAAAGAGGUCUUCGUCGACAAGUAAAAAAAAAAGCGUGUCGUAUAGGGGAUUGGUGUUACAUUAAUUGUUUUGUGUCAAGAUGCUUUUUGCGUGAUUGGCAGCUCGGGAAGACGGAGUCCACCAGAAAAUUUAGUAAGUUCAAUUUUCAGUGGACAAAAACCUUGUACCAGAAUAAUUUAAACAAUAUCGGUUUCUUUUUUACAUUUUUCAAACGCUAAAGAUGUAAUUAGUCGUCUGUAAUAACAUCAAAGAAAGUUUCUUAUGGGGGCCCCAGAAAAUAAAUGUCAAAUUUCGUAAAAUGAUAUGUUACACAUGAAAUUUUCAGAAUUUAACCUGUAGGUCUAGAUCGCAGCAACAAUAUAGAUAUAUAGCCGCAUAAAUUUUACCUGUUUUCACAAUUCUUGUGAAAUUUGACAUUCAUUUUCUCGGAUUCCCAUGAGAAAUUUUCUUUGGUGUUAUUUCAGACGACUAAUUACAUCUUUAGCCCUUUAAAAAUGCAAAAAAAGGUGCAAUAUUGUUUAAAUUAUUCUGGUACAAAGUUUUUGUCCACUGAAAAUUAAAAUUACUCAAUUUCCUGAUGGAUUCUGUCUAAAUGUCUUUCUUUGCUCGGUGAUAAAAUUCUCGCCACACGGUAGUUUUUGACCGCUGUUGGCGGCCCCACACUGAAAACUAGUUUUGCCAUCGUUUUUAGGGACCAGCCUGUGUUUCAGCUGUGUAAUUAUAGGAUAGAAGAAGAACUGUAGCUUAUGAAAACCGUGUCUGUAAACGCUGCCAGGUUAAAAGGAAAAUUUAUGUUAAUCCUAUCUACUCCAAGCCAAACAGCUGGCGAGAAAUGAGGACGGUUUGUCGACGUAAUUCAACAUACACGUUCAACAUACAAGUACAAAUGAGUGAAUAACUAAAAAAGUAGCGGCUUUCACUGAGGCUUAGCUAAAGGAAUUGCAGGUAUUGUUUUUCAAGGUCUCUAUAAUUAUUUCCAUGAGUGCUGCGGUCUCCUCGCAGAAGACUGUAUUGCAUAUAGGAGGCUUUAUUGAAGUAAAUACCUCGGACAAAGGAUGGAAUAGCGCUGGCGUACAGCCUGCUAUUGACCUAGCAAUAAAGCAGAUCAACAACAGGACAGAUAUUUUACCAAAUCAUACCAUUCAGAUACAUUGGAAGGAUACAAAGGUAAGCCUAUUUCGGCUAAAUAUCUAACAGAAAAAACAAGGUAAAAAAGAAAACAAUUGAAAACAAAGUGUCAAACAGGAAGAUGUGAGAUCGAGUAAUUUGUUUCACCUUAUUGAGUUAUAAGUUGUGCCAAGUAUCAUAGCUUCCAUACUUUCCUCUAACGAUUUGGAAUGUUUCAAUUUUUCAAGAACUUAAAUAUCAUAACAGGGCCGUUGCCGUAACCGUAAUAUGGAGCUUAAGCAACAACUACGGGGACAGCCAACGAAAACGUCACUUAAAAAGUAAAUUUCGCGCUGCCUCAAACUUUAAAGGGCUUAUUCCAUCUCGUUUAAUUCGUCAAAUGUUGGCGAAUUUUUUUGGAGUUGAAUUCUAAAGGACUGUAUCAAAGUUCAAGAAAAGAAAAAGAAAGUUGCUGUCUUGUGUUCCCGUCCUCGACAAAACGUGAAAUUAGGCACUUUCAUGUUGUAGUUGUGCAACGACGGCAAAAAAAUGUACAAAAAAAAAAACGUGUUGCACGUCAGUGCAAAGUUGUUGUUUUGCUAAUAUCCUUUUGCUUUGUUGCCGUUCUUGUUGCCGUCGCCAUCGUCGUUGCUUAAGCUCCCCAACUGUAAGGUAAACUCUAGAAAUUAAUUAACAGUUAAUGAAUGAGGCUGAGUAUCUUAUGAAGAAUUAUGGAGAUCGAGGAGGGUGUUAUUCGACGAGGCCGUAGGCCGAGGCGGAUAACACCCUCCAAGAUCUCCAUAAUUCUUCAUAUGAUACGAAAGCCGAAUUCAAUAACUGUUUUAUUAUUCAUUCAAAAUAAUUCCUAGUUUAAAAACAUAGCUAAAACAUGCUUACCUCCAUCGAUCCAUCGAUGUUCAGUUCAUCUUCGAUAGUGUACUUUUAGGUUUGUCCAACUCCGCAAAUAUUCUCCAAAUAGCAGAUGUCGCCCCUCGAGUUGUCUUCUUGCUGUUCUUGCCAUGUUUUUAGCUAUUUUUUCGCCUGGUUCUUACUCUUGAAACGAGUGAAAUGUCCGUCAUUUUUUCAAGUUCACAACCAAAACAACUCAACCUCGUGCCCAGGUCUUCUCGGUUAACGGUGCCUUAACCUGCGAAAACGCUGCAUUUUUGACGUCAUUUCCUCGUUAAAGUCAAAAUUCCUCCAAAUUUGGUCAUCAGUAACUGGUUAUGGUGAAUUAAACGUGUGCUUUUAGCCAAUCAGAAUCGGGGAAAUAUUUUGAAUGAAUAAUAAAAGCUUUUAACCCUCGGUUGCGUCUCUACUGGUUGAAGACAUGUCAUGGCUCGUGCCGCUAUAUCCAGGAACACAAUCUUUGGCUGACACGCUCGGCAAGUCUGUUUCGAGUUAAUUCACGGGAUUAUACGUCAGUGUCUUGUUUCAAUACGUAGUUCACUCACCCUUUCUUUAAAAUUACAAACCUUUAUUAACUCAGAAUUUUUUGGCCAGGGUAAUGAAAGAGAGCUUCCUUCUAACUUGACGAAUGCAAGGAUUAUUCAAUCAACACCUCACUUUUUGUCUUUCGUUUUUUUUUUCUCGUUUUAAUUUUUGGGAGUGAGAUAAAUUACUGCUCCAAGAGCUCUCAUGUUUUGCACAAGACGAAAUUUCAAUCAUGAUGAUGCAUAUUUAUGAAAAGGAAUGUACAGAUCGUUUUUGCUCGGAUCAGGAACCAAACUGAACGAAGUUUUAUUUUCAUAAUUUGAGUAUUAAAAAUCGAUAGGAUAGGAUCUGGAUGGGAACGGAAAUAAAUGAAAGUGGCUAAAACCGGGUGUGAACGGUCGAUUUUUAUUUGAAUACGUAAUGAUCUACCAUUUUGCAUGUAAAUAAUUUUGGGGAGAGAUUGAUGGCGAAAGUUCAUUAAAAAUAUCGGACAAGAAUCAGACAUGUAAAACCUUAAUUAUGGCCACGACUUUAUCUAUUUUUACGUGGGAUUAGUGAAUAGGUUCCAGUAAUCCAUGAAAGUAGACUUGAGUAAACGAGUACCGUACUUCGAGACAGUGACUUUGCCACACAUGUUAUUAGAUCUGUUAUAAAAUAGCCAAAAAGCUGCUAGCAAAAAAAAAUUGCUAGUAAGCAGCUGGAUAACUUGAGGCAAAAGAGGAAAUUAAACCGGCUUAAAAUAGCUAAUGAUUGAUAAGGUCGGUUAUUAUAGUUUGCAAAGUAUCUCUACUUCAUUUGUACUGUCGAACUUUGAAGUGAUAAUUUCGCUUUGUAGUAGCCCUGUCGUAAUUUGUAAUAAACCGCAUCCCACUUUGUAUGAUGGCGCUUACCAUAUUUUAUUCGGAAGAUGCGAGCAAUAUGCCACCGAUUCGAUGGUAUAUUUGGAAAGGAGGUUGAUCAAUGCCGUAUUUGAUUGAAAACUAAAAUUGUAGGCUGCUUGGGCCACACUGAACUAAAACUGAAAUGGUGUACACUGUUACUCGAUGACGAAAUAACUGAAUUUCUGACUUUAACUGAUUGUAAAAAACGAAAGAAUAAGUAAAACAUCUAGCUCGAUGGAUGUUAACCUACUUUGUACUCGUUGCCGGUGCCCGAGUACAAGGUCGAGUCCUUGUACUUGGGAACAAAAGUGGGCAUCGGGUCCCUGUGCGCACAUCGUUUUUGUUAGUUAAUUCUAAGGAUGUCCUCUGCUUUGUACUCGAUGCUAAGAUCAUGUAUCAAAAUGGCGUCUGGCAAGGCGAAAUGUAGCAACUAUGUACAAAGUCACAUAUAUGUUAGUCAAGGUGUGAACGCAACACCAUUUGAGCCGUUAGCCAGGCAUUGAUUUCCGGGAACCAAGAGGAAAAGCCCCAAUUUUAGUCACCUGGUUUGAAACCCGGCAAAUCUCAGGCUCUCCUCUGGUCCAGAUAUCAGUUCUAGGUGAUUCUAUUGAAAUGCCUUCAUACGUAUCCUUGCUAACUGUUUAUUAAAUCAUCCACCCAAAUUGCGACAGUUUUUUUUAAUACAAAAUGAUACAUGUUUUACUAAAAUUUGUCGACCUGGUGUUUCAAAGUGCGAUGGAUGUGCGGUGGAUUUGGUAUUACAAAGUGCGAUGAUUAUUAGAAAUUGCGACAUUACAGCUUUUGGAACCAAUUUUUUCACACAGUUGUUUCGCCGAAGUCGUCUUCUACUUUGUCAUUUUGCUUUGUCCAGGGGCAUUAUUUUGGUAGCGACACCUUCCAUUUUUGAAUCUCUCAUACUUGGACAGAUUUAUCUUUAUUGUAAAACCAUUUUAACACAUGUAUUACACAUAGAUGAAAAUUUGUUAUAACUUUAUUUUUUGGACAAUUACGUCACAAUAGUUUUGGUUCUAAAUCGAAUUUCAGCUCUUAUCGUCAUCUUCUUUGAAAAUACAUUACAGGACGUGUACUUUGGGUGUUUGUCUUCUGCUGUACGAAGUUUCACAGAAAUGUAUAAAAGAAAUUUCGAGAUAUCUUGGCAUUUCUAUAAAAAGGGUAAGAAAUGUGCUUGAACUGAAGACAGGACUUACUGCCUAGGAAUUUGCAUAAUUUCUACCCAAUUUGUAGAAAUUCAAAUAUUUGUCGUAAUUUCUCUUAUAUAUUUUAGUGAAACUUCGCACAGCAGAAGACAAGCAACCAAAGUACACGUACCUUAAUGCAUUUCCAAAGAAAAUGCCGAUAAGGGCUGAAAUUCUAUUUAGAGCCAAAACUAAUGUGACAUCAUUAUCACGUGAUAUUUAUUCCGAUACCCCCGAAAAAUGAUAUCAUGAUAUAUUUUCAUCUAUGUGUAUUGUGUUAAAACGGUUUUACAAUAAAGAUCAAUUUGUUUUAGUAUCAUGAGAGAUUCAAAAAUGGAAGGUGUACCUCAUACAGGUUUUUCAUGAAUCGGUGUCUGAUCUCACCUCACUCUCACAAGUAUUGACAAAAAGCUUAGAGCAGUGGUGGCCGAAAGGUAUAGGAUUGCAAUUAAUUAUUAGUAGGUUCUUGAUUUAAAACUUGGCCAUUAGAAUUGUACAGCGCUUAGAGACGUUAUUAUAAUCGUUAUAUAUAAGCAUUGUAUUAGUAUAUAAUAUUUGUAUUAGUGUUCAGAUGCCUACGCCAUCAAAGCCCUCGUUGAGCAGCUACGGAAACCACCGACCAAAGUAGCAUUGAUAGGUCCCGGAUGUUCUAUCUCAGCUGUGCUUGUGGCGGCUGCCUCACACUUUUGGAACUUGAUUCAGGUUUGUCACUAGUCUCCUUUGUAGCCGUUUUUGUCUCGUCACGCAACGUUCCUCCUUCGCCUUGCGUGACGAGGCAAAAACGGCUGCGAGGGAGACUAGGUUUGUCACAUGCAAUAGCCUUUUACUGGUGUCAAUUUUUGAUUACUGUCAAUUUGUUGAGACUUUUGAUCAAGCUGGUUUCAGACGGCUACAACACCCAAUGAAGAGAUUUGGCCAAGAGCCAUGAGUAUAGUAAGCAGUGUAAGGAGCAGACCCAGUUAACAAGGAAAGUUUCCAUUUUUAGGAGGUGGCUUGGUCGGGGCAUUGUAGUCUUGGGUAAAUCACUUUAUAAAGGGGAAAGGUUCGCGUAGGGGUAAAAGUAGGGAACUUAAGCACCAGAUGUUCUUGAUUCACGAACGGCAUGGCUGGCCGCGCACAACUGGAUCGGGGACGCGGUUUACGCGCCAAAUGCAAAUCAUUAAGCAAACCAACGUGAAACCUUCACGAAUGCCGACAGAAUAAUUCAGUUGAAAAUGUCUACGUCUACCACGCUUUUAAAGUUCUUACAUGACAAAAGAACCUACAAGGAUUGAAAACUGUUAUAAUGGACAUCAAAUGUAAACAAUUUUAACUGUCUUCAUACUCACGCUUCUGAACCUCUGGUUUCAACCUGAGAACUCGCGUUUUGAAGUCCGUGACCGCAGCCCAAGAACUUCUUGACAUGCGCAGUAGCUGUCAUGCUGCAAUAAUACUUCCGGUUGGCGUCCGCGGUACCAAGAACGUCUGGUGCUUAAGUUCCCUUGUGAGAACAGUCACGACCUCCAGCAAAUGUUCUCCAUUGUUUUCCCUUUGGCUCAGCAAGGUACACUGUCCUAUUUCCAAAUUCGCUCUGGACAGCACGUGUUUUUUGACAAGGAGACGAGGCCAACCGCUUAACUUUUUUACGCAAUUAUCUAAACUAAGGCCUGUUUCAAACGUCGUGCUACAGCCCUGCUAAGCUGGCUCGACUGGUGUGCAGCUCUACUGCAGCACAACAUUAGCACGACUUGGUUUUAGACGUCGAAAUUAAUUCAGUCGACUAGAUUGGCUGUUGCCGAAAACAAAACACAAAAAUAAAGAAACGGUUUAGCAAACUUUUAAAUAUUUUUCUAAUGUAUUUAUAAUUGAUGAAUUGGGCUCGGCACGGCGGUAACACGACUUGGUUUCAAACGUCGCAAUACUGCCGUCUAAAGUCGAAUUUAAUUCGACCGAUUGAGUUCGGCACGGCAGUAGACCGACGUUUGAAACGAGCCUAAGACCGGUUUUUAAACAUACUCAUCAUAUUUUUGUUUAUUUUGUUUUUAAGGUGUUUCGAUACAGUUUUUCGGAGACCAUACCGGUAUUUUUCGAUAGCCUUUAAUGUGAUUUUAUUCUUGUCCCAUCGGUAUAUCCUCAUGACGUAUAUAACAAUGUGUGAAAUCUUCAUUAAGAUUGAUUCACUGCAACAUCUUGAAGUUUCAAGAAGAACCCAGCCUACGAACCCAAAAAUCCUGUUAGUGCUAAUAUUUCAAAUUCAAAAUUAUUCCAAAUUAAUGUGCCCCAUGCCUUCCUCCAUGACUAUAGUACAUUUCGGUAUGAAGUUUAUUGCAUCUUUUGAGUGUAGAACAUUACUCUAGACUAGACCUUCAAGUAUAAUCCAAGUGUACUUCGAACCUACUUUGAGCGUUAAGUGGUAAAAUUUACCUACUUCAACUUUACUUGGUAACCAUGGAAACGUUCGUAGUUCAAAGACGCCGAUGUUCGCCGCCAAGUGUGAGUUACACUACACUUGAGAACACACUUGACCAAUAGGAAAUGGAAGCUAUGUGCACGUGCAGCGGUACAAAGAUUCUAAUGAACGGAGAGAUUGACCGCUUUUACUUCAAGUAAUACACUCUGUCAAGAGGUGUGAAGCCAUGUUUUCUACAGAGCAAUUUAAGAUUUUCAAGUGCACUUGCUUACUUACUUUUCACGGAUGUUAUUUUUGCUUAAUACCUCACUUUCAGUUCCUGGUGUCGGAUUUUCAGUAUCAGGUCUAUCGUUAUGCAAAGGUUUUUGUUGAUUGUUGUCAUAAUAAUGUCGAUUUUACUUAAAACUGCAUUUUGACAAACUUAAAUCCAAAGUCAGUCAGUGGUUAAAUUGUUUUUAUACCGAUCCGACAAGGACAAAAUCACUUUUAAGGCGAUUUAAAAAAAUCGGUAUGGCCUCUGAAGAACUGUGUGGAAACACCUUAAAAGACCUUGUUUGAUUGUCCACUAAGACCUUUUUUGAUAUAAAUCAAGGUAGGACUAGCCUGUUCCAGGCUCCAAGAUGGUCGGGUCCGCGGGGAUUGAGAAAGCGCGAACAUGAAGAAACAACGCCCCGCCCCCGUUUUCGCGUACCUUUCACUUUCGCGUCUUCCCCUCUCUUUCGCACCAAACCCCACUAUCUUAGAGCCUAGAACAGCUGAGGUAGGACUUACAAUGCCAUAGGGUUAAUUAGUGAAAAACUAAGGGAAAAUACUUAAAACAUACAUUACACCAAAUUCAUUGUCAUUUCAGUUGGGAUUCAGUGCCGGCUCUUCUAGUCUCUCUGAUAAACGUCGAUAUCCGUUAUUCUUCCGGGUUAACGGCCCAGAAUCCACUCUGUACAAAGCUGCUGUUUCACUUAUGCACAGAUUCAACUGGAAGCGAAUUGCAAUUGUAAAACAGGACGAGGAUCUCUUCAACGACGUAAGUUGACACGCAGUCUCUGUAAUAUCUCAUCUUCCCUAUUCUAGACGUUUUGAGACUGGGCAAUAGGCUGAUGUAGCAGCAGAACGGGAACGUCAGUUGAAGACGGCGCGCGCAAAUCAAACAACUGGGUUGACCAAUGGCAGAGCGGCCAAUUGGGCACCGGAAGUCGAGUUUAAUCCUUUCCGCGCGCUUUCCCGUCGUCAAAUGACGUUCACGUCCUGUUGCUAAAUCAGCCUAAUAAGAUAAAAAACUACACAUGCUAGGCCACUACUCAUAGAGAGUAAAAGAAACAAAAAAGUCGUCUAGAUUUUACUUGUUUAUGACUGACUCGGCGCCAAUAUUUUACAUUGAUUGUAGAGUAACGAGAAAUCCACUUUGUUCUCUGUUUUAUAUCAGGUGAACGAGCGUCUCCAGACACUGUUAAAAGAAGAAGGGAUAUCCGUCAUUGCUACAAACAGCUUUGUCAAGGAUCCAGUUAACGUCAUAACUGAUCUUAAGGUAUCAAAAGUACGAGGGUGGAUCGGAAGUUCCGUCUUUAAACCGUCCUAUAUUUCUCAUGAUUCGCCUGUCAUUUUAAAAAUUACAGUCACAUUCUCUCAAACUAGCUUUCUUCUACUUCUAUACAUCAUUGCAGUCUCAUCUCAGUUUCUAAAAGCAUUUACCGCUGGCAGUCUUGAGCAGGGAUGGUCAUGGACAGUUUUGGCAAGGUGUCGGGUCCUUGAAAAAAAUAUUUAAAGACGGUUUUGAUUUCUGGAAACGAGGCGUAAAUGUCAAGUAGCAAAUUCAAGGAGAGUGAAAAUGGUGAAUUUUCUAUCAAAUGGAUACCAUUGUGAGCACAGUAGUCCUUUUUAGGUGUCCUUUGUGAGGAGCCACAUUGUGGCCGAUCUGGAUGCAAUGGAUGCUAGACCCGAGUUCAAGUUAAUUUUUUGACUUGAAGGAGAAUACGUAGGAGAAUCUUUGGAAAAACUGAAGUUGUGUAAUAUGUGGCAGGGAGUGUUGCUUUUUUAACAACAGGCCCUUGAGAAUUGAAGAAAGGGACGAAAAUUUUCGUUCUUGAACAGAAGGCUGUUAAGACUAUAAACCGGACCGCUCGACGUAUGUUUCAUCUUCGGCCAGCAACACCAUACUAAACAAACGCUCAUCUUUAAUAGUGGAGAAAGAAAUCUAACACACUUAACAACUAUAAAAGCUAAUUUUUUUAGUUUUUUGUUUGACGCUACCAGCAGGACGCUGGGUAGAUAUAUUGUGAAUCAAUGAAGAACGCCAUAAAAUUGCUGACAGCAUUUGUUACCCCUUUUUGUGAGUUUUACUAGCCUGAAAGAUCUAACAAUGGCUCUCCUGUAGGGGAGCGAGCAUAAGCUUGCGGUGUAGCCGUGAGAAGGUUUUGACGCGCUGAGAUCAUCAUUGUAUUUUCCAGCCGAAAGCUAGAGCAAAAUGUUACGCGAAACACCACUUGGCGCUGAGCAGAAAAAAGUUCCUUCUACUUAAAGAAAACUUCUUUUUCAAGACACGAUGAGUUAGAAUCUAUUAAUUACUUCGUCCUUUUUUUGAGAACAAAGAAGUUGCAAACUUACCCAUGUUUUCUCUCACAGUAUAGAAGAGCUCGUAUUGUUGUCAUCUUGAUGUACGAGGACAAAUCGAGAAUGGUCAUGUGUGAGGUAUAUAAUGCUAUUAUAAUGAACUGAACGUAAAGCACGGCGGUCAAAGCGUUUUGUUAAAGACUGAAUUCAGUCGGUAGAGCUCGUGACAGAAUGGGAGGUUGAGGGUUCGAUUCCCUGGGCCGGGCCAUUACUGAUGGUUUUUUAAAUAACGGAGAAAUGAAGGUACUUCCUUUGCCCUACAAACGGCUGGACCUUCGCGUGGCUCGGAUGAUCACGUAAAAUGGUGGUCCCGUCCCCACUGAAGGAGAGUCUUCAAUUAGUGCCAAACACAUUGACACUCAAGUAAAAUGCAUUUUUUUGUCCUAUUUUUUGAUAGAAUAAAUAUGGCGCAUGUACAUUGUACAUGGUCCUCUAGAAAACAUGGUUUACUUUUUUUUUAUCGUAAUUAUCAUAUUUUUUUAGCGUAGUUCGGCUAUGUAAAGAAUCUGACUAGCUGAUCUAAGAGGUUGUUAUCCAGAAGGCAGUUAUCCAGAAGAGAUAGUGUCUUCAGUAAUAACAAUACAGAAUACAGAAUAAUGCAUGGGAUAGAAAGGGAAUCUUAGGGCCUCGGCCGGGAUAUGUGAAUUUCACUGAAGCCUUUUUUAGAGGUUGUACUGAUUAAACGGAAGUACAAUUCCUGGGUCGUCCGCAUAUUUUAACAGUUUGUUUGAAACUUAUCAAGAUCACGCGCGACUGCCUCAAAGCAAAAAAAUGAAUAAUACUGUAAUGGCGGCACACCAAGGGGGACAAAUAAACAUAUCACAUAAACAUCGCAUAAACUUUGUCUGUAAACAAAUCGCUAAAUCAAUCGGUAUUUUAUCCAGAACAGCUAGUAAUUAUCACGUGCAUUCCUGUUGUAGUCGAACUUCAAGAAACUCACAAUUCUUUACCAAGGACCUAGAACCUGGAACUGUCUUCUGAAUCUGUUACAAACUUGUCAAGCUUUUCUAUCUCUAAGAACAAAGUGCUAGGCUUUUUAUUAAAAUAGUUACUAAAUUAGUUUAGCCGCACUUCUUCGCAGCCCUUAUUUCUUAUAAUAUUGUGAUGUUGAGGUGGCCUCUCUUUAUACGCCUGGGGGUUUCUUGAGGUCUCCUCGCCUAACAACCUGCUGUAUCCUGUAAAAUUUGCUGUAAAAAAAGGCUAAUAAAAAAAUGAUGAUGAUGAUAGUGUCCCUCAUUAUUUUAUCUUGACAAGACUUAAUGAAAGUUUGCCGACCUCUCCGGACACCAACUUCCGAUUAAUCGAUCUAAAAAUUAUUUUGGUGAAAUUCACAUAUCCCUCUGUGUCCCAUAAAUAGAUCAUCUCCUCGGGAUAACUGUUUAGAGGUUUUAACUGAAAGGGCCUUUGUACAUUUUGUUGUGUGGCAACCAAUACAUUUUGGUUUUGUCUAAAAGGCUUUUCGUCACAAUUUUUUCGGAUCUCAUAUUCAAUGGAUCAUCCCUGGAUGGUACAGUAAAGACUGGUGGAAAGUUAGAGAUCCCUCAAACUGCUCGGUGGAGAAAAUUGUGGCGAGAAACUUUCUUGCAGUUCAAGAAGGUUACAAAAAAAAUAACGCAGUUAACACCCUCAGUGGCCUGGUAAGACCUUUUUAAUUUUUACCACCAUACAUGUGAUUACAGCAGCUGUCACCCGCGAUUAAGGUUUCCACCUCCGAUCUUCAACUAAGCAAUGAGCUACACAUGUACAAGCUGUCAUCCACUAGUCUCAUUUAUUCUGUUUAAUAAGCAGCAAUUGGAAUUUGUUAUGCAAGUUUCCGAAAGAGAUUUACGCGGUCUAUGCGAACGUUUCUCAUCAAUUUCUAGUGUCUUCUAACAUUUAAAGGUUUGAAAGGUUCCCGACACUUUGUCGGCAGUUUUUUGGUAUUUAAGGCAUAUUCUUCAAGGUUUGAAGAAAGGCCACUCCAAAAAAAACAAAAAACAAAAACAAAACAAAAUAAAACAAAACAAAACAAAACAAACAAACAAACGAUGAUAACGAUAAAUUAAAAAUUGUGAGCUGUCUAUUUCCCUACUGGUGAAAGACACGCACUGCCCCAUCUAUGAAUGGAAGAGACGAAUGUAGGAUCGUAAAGUGGGAAUCCUCUUGCUACGGCAAGUCCCUAUGACAUGAAUGAGUACAAGUUAUGAUUCCUUUAAUUUUCGUAUCAUUCGUUCACUUUAGACAGAAGACGAGUUUUUAACGAUGUAUAAAGCAGAGCUUCAAAAUUACUCCUUCCCCAACAACUUCUAUGCUGUCUUUGGAUAUGACUCGGCCUGGGUACUAGCCUCGGCUCUGGAGAAAACUGUGAUGCAGCUAAAAGAAAAGAACAUGUCUCUUGAUAACUUCUCGUACAAGAGUGCUAGCAUUAAACAGGAAUUACGCAGUGUGCUCUCACGAACAAACUUGAAUGGAAUCUCGGUACGCAUGGCUUUGUUUAUGUUUCUCUAAUAUAUCUGUGAUAUUCCUUAGAUCCUAAGACCAAUAAUUCAAGGGCGAAAAAUUCGCCUUUUUUAGUAAGGAAUGUGGUUUUGUACGUGUCGUUCUCCUAUUUUGUCUGUUCUUUAAUAUCUGAAAUGCCGGUUUUGAGUGGGAAUUUUUCGGGGUAAAAGACCUAUUAAACAAGCAUUAACUUUGGAACGCCAUUGCUAUUUGCUAAAGAUUCCGCUAUGGAAUCGAAAGCUUGUGUAUAAUAAGUAUUUCCAACCUGGGAAUUGAAUUUUCCUUUACUCUUCAUAUCAUUAUGAUAAGAUUAAGUAACUCUUUCUUCGCUAAUAACAUUCCCUUUUGUUUGCUCAUAAGCAACCAAACAGAAAUGUUUUUAAACUGACUAAAAGCCUCAGCGGCCAAAUUCAUAGUUAUUAAAUAAAUGUCAUUAUUCACCUUGAAAAAAAAUACAAGGUAUGCACUGUCCCUAUCUUCAUGGACUGUUUUCAUGUCUUAUUUAUGCCAAGUUCUAUAGUAAGCAUUCUGAACCAUUCCAAGCAACCAUCAUUACUUGUUAAGUUUAUGGUCACAGCGUUAACCAGUUGGUUUGGUUUCAGGGUUUCAUAAAGUUCAAUGAAAACCAAGAAAGAAUUAACAUGAUUUGGAUUAAACAGUUUCAAGGUAACUUAAGCCUUCAAUAAAGAACUUUAGACUGUAAAAAUCACACUUAACAAAUUAAGUCAUUUGUUUGAAAACUCAAGUAAAUUUAGUAAAUUAAGUCAUUUGUUUGAAAAAUCAAUGAAAUUUAGACCUCUGCUGCUGAUAAAUUAAAGUAAGUAACUUAUUAUAACUUUUUUAGGAGAUAAAGAAGUCAAAGUGGGUUACUUUGAUCCCGAAAGUCACAACUUAAGUAAGGGAGAACUCACCAUCUUCCCUAAAAAGAACUUCAAAUGGCCAGGUAUGGCGGAGUAACGUCAACUUUGUGAUCAAUAUAACAUAACAUAACAUAACAUAUAACGGUCUGAAGUUUUUCUUCAGCAUUAUACGCCAUAAGUAAUAUUUUUGUCAGUGCUGGAUGUUAUUUCGAAAUCAGUCUGCGGGAUAUGUUUUUUUUUCUAAAAUCACCCAUAACCCCCUCAAAAGUCAAACGGUCGGCCGCUAAAAUCCACCAAACAUUCUCCCCAAUUAGUAAGGCACUGUGGCUGAGCUAUAAGACAUGAGACUUUGAUAAAGUUCAUUAUUAUUAUUAUUACUCAGUAAAUAGACUCUGAUCUGUCAAUCAUUUCUAAAGCCUUUUGAAACAAUAGGGACCAAAACUCUCUUGGGGAGAGGGGAUGAAUUUGUUUGUUCCCUACCCGGGAAGAACGUACGUACGUACAGACGGACGUUCGGUGACGUCAUAACCAAAUUUUCUUGCAUCGAUAGUUUUCCAUUUUCUCUUAGUUAUGGAGGCUCCGCUAAAAAAGCCAUCGCGUCAUUUAUCCAUUGGAUAGAGAUUUAUUCAAUGGAAAGCGUUAUUAUCCACCCGUGGAAUAAUUGGGGCCUGUGGGAACUCAGGAACAUCUAGGUCGCCUUCACGCCUUUAGUCGAAAUUUUGUUUCGGAAAAUAGGAAAUCUUAGUUUAGGCCUGUCUUGUGUUCAAGGUUCAAUUCUGUCCAUACAUUGUGUUCCAGACUGGUGCAAACAUGCACCCCAAGUUCAAUUUAAGGAUUUUAAGGGCUUAGUCCUAGACACAUCUACUGUGUCUAUGUAUCCCGGAUACCACUAAAUUUUAUUAAGAUAACUAUUGAUCGACCACUUGCGUCGUGAAGGCGAAGCCAUACUUCUUUGUGAUAACUUACAAAAUAAGUUAGGUCAUUUCCGUACUGAAAAUACCGCGCUCCUACUAGAUGACUAUUAUAAUGGCCUGAUACGAUCUUACUUGUUAUAACAAUGAAAGUGAGAAUAUAACAAUGAUUAUUACUUCGAGGAUGCUGCUGAUGAUUUGCGAAUAAACAAUAGUAACAUUUUGUUGUGAAAACUCAAUUAAUAUCUUCUUCAGAUGGAAAACCUCCCAAAGACAAGGAUCCUUUAAACGAACGUUUAAUCAAGACAAACUUGAAGCUGUUUUAUGUGAUGAGUUCCGUGGCUGCAACAGGGCUGCUCACAGCUUUUGGACUACUUUUUGUCAACUAUCACUUCAGGCUUCACAGGUAACUACAUUCUUGAAGAAGCAAAGAUCGUGAUUGGAAGUACUUAACGUGCCUGAUGACAUUUACAAAUGUUCAAAGAAGAUAUAAUAAACAAGUAAUUCCUUGUAACGUAGAGGGGCUUGUCCUCUCCCGUCUCCUUCAUCAAUAGCCUACAAAUACAGCCGUCUCUCCCUCGCUGUCUUCAGCUAGCCGAGUGGCGAGUAGCAAAAAAUAGAUGGCUGUAUUUGCAGGCUUCUAUAUCAUCUUUCUUCAGUCCUUUUCUGUUUUCCAAAAACGCAUGUUAUAAUAUCAUGUUUAUCUUAAUUUGUAUUUGUAUUUUAUUUUUACUCCAUCCUAUAGAUAAUACAUUAGUUGUACGAUAUUAAUUAGUACAAGGUUGUUAAACUACGUGUACAUAAGGAAGAAAAAAUAGAAAAAAAAAAUAGAAUGGAGAAGGGCACAUUAUAGUAAAACUAAUUAUGGCCCUUUAACAAAAUUGACUUUAUUCUAUUAUAGCUUUGUUAUUCAUUAAAACACAAACACGCGAGCACGCACACACACACGCACAUAAGUCAAUAUUGAGCAAGAUAAUAUUUUUUAAGUGCCAUUUUGAACAGGAUUUUCGUUGAUUUGUUGUGAAUAGAAAGGGGGAGAUCGUUCCAAUAGUAUUUUCCAAUAACGGUUGGACAAAACUUUCGAAUAUUAAUUCUUGAGUAUCUGAAGAUUCUUAUCUCGUUUAAUUUUUCCCCACUGCUGCUAGAUAUAGAUUAUACAGACUACAGCAAGAGCUUUUUUAUCUUGUUUUUAGUUUGUAAAAUUAAGUUUGCUGAGUCUUCUCAGUUAUUAGUAUAGGCGACUUUUCGUGUGUUCGGGGUUGGGAUUCGCUCCACUAUUUUAGACAAGAAAGUGAAGACGGUGGUACCCGCUAUAGCGGUCACCCUACGUAAAGUGCACUUUUCAAACCGGUACAGCUAUACCGAUUUUCUUUCAAUACAAAAACUCUUCUCGAACUGUGGUGAGGGUUCUUUUUCUUUUACGUCCCUCAAGAACCAGACAAGUGAAAGUGCUGUGAGACGGGACCUAAGGUUUUUAGUCAUUGUCUGAGAAGACGAGAAAGUCUAACUAAAAACAUUUUGCAGAUGUCACUCCCAAAGGCAGCACUUUCUUCUCAGUUAUUUAAAGACCCUGAGUGUCGGUCCGAACGGGGUUUGAAUCCGCGACCUCUCGUUCAGCGUACCGGUGCUGUCCCAACUGCUUAAUGCUUAAUGAGUAUUUCUAUGAUCCUGCAUGAAGCGGCUAUCUCUACCAGGUGGCCAACAGUUCAUAAGCCCAGAAGGUAGCUGCUAUGAACAGGUGUCACUGCAGUUGUAGUCUGUCAUCAUGGGAUAACAGUUGAUGACAGCAUUACCGUAUUUUUACUCGAUUGAGUGACCGGGGCGCCUAUCAAAAGUUUUUGGAUGUAGAAAGUAGGUGGUUAUUCGAGGUUGGCCCCCUAUUUUCAAUAAGUAGUAAGUCUAUUCGGCAACAAACAAUAAAUAAUGACAAAACGUGGCGAUGUACCAAGGCAGAAUUGUAACCGUCCAUGAAAAGUUUCUUUAAAAUACUAAGAAAACUCGGUAUUCGGGGAAAUUGAUCAGUACUACUUAAUCAAUUUCAUUGUCCUUGUCAGUAAGGUCAUGUUUGGGGGGUCGGGCGGGGUUAGGUAGAUAUGUUUUUUUUUCUAAAAUCACCCAUAACCCCCUCAAAAGUCAAACGGUCGGCCGCUAAAAUCCACCAAACAUUCUCCCCAAUUAGUAAGGCACUGUGGCUGAGCUAUAAGACAUGAGACUUUGAUAAAGUUCAUUAUUAUUAUUAUUACUCAGUAAAUAGACUCUGAUCUGUCAAUCAUUUCUAAAGCCUUUUGAAACAAUAGGGACCAAAACUCUCUUGGGGAGAGGGGAUGAAUUUGUUUGUUCCCUACCCGGGAAGAACGUACGUACGUACAGACGGACGUUCGGUGACGUCAUAACCAAAUUUUCUUGCAUCGAUAGUUUUCCAUUUUCUCUUAGUUAUGGAGGCUCCGCUAAAAAAGCCAUCGCGUCAUUUAUCCAUUGGAUAGAGAUUUAUUCAAUGGAAAGCGUUAUUAUCCACCCGUGGAAUAAUUGGGGCCUGUGGGAACUCAGGAACAUCUAGGUCGCCUUCACGCCUUUAGUCGAAAUUUUGUUUCGGAAAAUAGGAAAUCUUAGUUUAGGCCUGUCUUGUGUUCAAGGUUCAAUUCUGUCCAUACAUUGUGUUCCAGACUGGUGCAAACAUGCACCCCAAGUUCAAUUUAAGGAUUUUAAGGGCUUAGUCCUAGACACAUCUACUGUGUCUAUGUAUCCCGGAUACCACUAAAUUUUAUUAAGAUAACUAUUGAUCGACCACUUGCGUCGUGAAGGCGAAGCCAUACUUCUUUGUGAUAACUUACAAAAUAAGUUAGGUCAUUUCCGUACUGAAAAUACCGCGCUCCUACUAGAUGACUAUUAUAAUGGCCUGAUACGAUCUUACUUGUUAUAACAAUGAAAGUGAGAAUAUAACAAUGAUUAUUACUUCGAGGAUGCUGCUGAUGAUUUGCGAAUAAACAAUAGUAACAUUUUGUUGUGAAAACUCAAUUAAUAUCUUCUUCAGAUGGAAAACCUCCCAAAGACAAGGAUCCUUUAAACGAACGUUUAAUCAAGACAAACUUGAAGCUGUUUUAUGUGAUGAGUUCCGUGGCUGCAACAGGGCUGCUCACAGCUUUUGGACUACUUUUUGUCAACUAUCACUUCAGGCUUCACAGGUAACUACAUUCUUGAAGAAACUUAUUUUAGACGAAAUGUGCCGUUUAUACGGAAAGUUCGCGUCUUAUUUAAGACGCGUCUUAUGUAAGACGCGUCUUAUUUUUCCUCGUAUAAAUGGCCUUAUUGUGAUGUCGAGGUGGCCUCUCUAUAUAAGCCUGGUGGUUUCUUGAGGUCUCCUCGCCUAACAACCUGCUGUAUCCUGUAAAAUUUGUUGUAAAAAAAAAGGCUAAUAAAAAAAUGAUGAUGAUGAUAGUGUCCCUCAUUAUUCUAUCUUGACAAGACUUAAUAGGGCCAUUUAUACGAGGAAAAAUAAGAAUCGUCUUACAUAAGACGCGUCUUAAAUAAGACGCGAACUGUACCAUUUAUACGAGCAUGUCUAAUAAGACGCGUCUUAGCUAAGCCGCGUCUUAUUUUAGACGAAAUGUGCCGUUUAUACGGAAAGUUCGCGUCUUAUUUUUCCUCGUAUAAGUGGCCCUAAUGAAAGUUUGCCGACCAUUCUGGACACCAACUUCCGAUUAAUUGAUCUAAAAAUAACUUUGGUGAAAUUCACAUAUCCCUCUGUGUCCCAUAAAUAGAUCAUCUCCUCAGAGUUACUAUUUAGAGGUUUUAACUCGGGCCUUUGUACAUUUUGCUGUGUGGUAACCAAUACAUUUUUGUUUUGUCUAAAAGGCUCAUCGUCACAAUUUUUUCGGAUCUCAUAUUCAAUGGAUCAUCCCUGGAUGGUACAGUAAAGACUGGUGGAACGUUAGUGAUCUCUCAGGCUGCCCGGUGGAGAAAAUUCAAGGCGUGGCGAGCAACUUUCUUGCAGUUCAAGAAGGUUAUAUAAAUAACACAGUUAACACCCUCAGUGGCCUGGUAAGACCUUUUUAAUUUUUACCACCAUACAUGUGAUUACAGCAGCUGUGACCCGCGAUUAAGGUUUCCUCCUCCGAUCUUCAACUAAGCAAUGAGCUACACAUGUACAAGCUGUCAUCCACGAGUCUCAUUUAUUCUGUUUAAUAAGCAGCAAUUGGAAUUUGUUAUGGAAGUUUCCGAAAGAGAUUUACGCGGUCUAUGCGAACGUUUCUCAUCAAUUUCUAGUGUCUUCUAACAUUUAAAGGUUUGAAAGGUUCCCGACACUUUGUCGGCAGUUUUUUGGUAUUCAAGGCAUAUUCUUCAAGGUUUGAAGAAAGGCCACUAAAAAAAAAACAAAAAACAAAAACAAAACAAAACAAACAAACAAAUGAUGAUAACGAUAAAAUAAAAAUUGUGAGCUGUUCAUUUCCCAACUGGUGGAAGACACGCACUGCCCCAUCUAUGAAUGGAAGAGACGAAUGUAGGAUCGUAAAGUGGGAAUCCUCUUGCUACGGCAAGUCCCGAUGACAUGAAUGAGUACAAGUUAUGAUUCCUUUAAUUUUCGUAUCAUUCGUUCACUUUAGACAAAAGACGAGUUUUUAACGAUGUAUGAAGCAGAGCUUCAAAAUUACUCCUUCCCCAACAACUUCUAUGCUGUCUUUGGAUAUGACUCGGCCUGGGUCCUAGCCUCGGCUCUGGAGAAAACUGUGAUGCAGCUAAAAGAAAAGAACAUGUCUCUUGAUAACUUCUCGUACAAGAGUGCUAACAUUAAACAGGAAUUACACAGUGUGCUCUCACGAACAAACUUGAAUGGAAUCUCGGUACGCAUGGCUUUGUUUAUGUUUCUCUAAUAUAUCUGUGAUAUUCCUUAGAUCCUAAGACCAAUAAUUCAAGGGCGAAAAAUUCGCCUUUUUUAGUAAGGAAUGUGGUUUUUUACGUGUCGUUCUCCUAUUUUGUCUGUUCUUUAAUAUCUUGAUGCCGGUUUUGAGUAGGAAUUUUUCGGGGUAAAAGACCUAUUAAACAAGCAUUAACUUUGGAACACCAUUGCUAUUUGCUAAAGAUUCCGCUAUGGAAUCGAAAGCUUGUGUAUAAUAAGUAUUUCCAACCUGGGAAUUGAAUUUUCCUUUACCCUUCAUAUCAUUAUGAUAGGAUUAAGUAACUCUUUCUUCGCUAAUAACAUUCCCUUUUGUUUGCUCAUAAGCAACCAAACAGAAAAUUUUUUAAACUGACUAAAAGCCUCAGCGGCCAAAUUCAUAGUUAUUAAAUAAAUGUCAUUAUUCACCUUGAAAAAAAAUACAAGGUAUGCACUGUCCCUAUCUUCAUGGACUGUUUUCAUGUCUUAUUUAUGCCAAGUUCUAGUAAGCAUUCUGAACCAUUCCAAGCAACCAUCAUUACUUGUUCAGUUUAUGGUCAUAGCGUUAACCAGUUGGUUUGGUUUCAGGGUUUCAUAAAGUUCAAUGAAAACCAAGAAAGAAUUAACAUGAUUUGGAUUAAACAGUUUCAAGGUAACUUGAGCCUUCAAUAAAGAACUUAAGACUGUAAAAAUCACACUUAACAAAUUAAGUCAUUUGUUUGAAACUCAAGUAAAUGUAGUAAAUUAAGUUACUUGUUUGAAAACUCAAGUAAAUUUAGACUCUGCUGCUGAUAAAUUAAAGUAAGUAACUUAUUAUAACUUUUUUAGGAGAUAAAGAAGUCAAAGUGGGUUACUUUGAUCCCGAAAGUUACAACUUAAGUAAGGGAGAACUCACCAUCUUCUCUAAAAAGAACUUCAAAUGGCCAGGUAUGGCGGAGUAACGUCAACUUUGUGAUCAAUAUAACAUAACAUAACAUAAAAUAUAACGGUCUAAAGUUUUUCUUCAGCAUUAUACGCCAUGAGUGAUAUUUUUGUCAGUGCUGGAUGUUAUUUCGAAAUCAGUCUGCGAGAUAUGUUUUUUUUUCUAAAAUCACCCAUAACCCCCUCAAAAGUCAAACGGUCGGCCGCUAAAAUCCACCAAACAUUCUCCCCAAUUAGUAAGGCACUGUGGCUGAGCUAUAAGACAUGAGACUUUAAUAAAGUUCAUUAUUAUUAUUAUUACUCAGUAAAUAGAUUCUGAUCUGCCAAUCAUUUCUAAAGCCUUUUGAAAAAAUAGGGACCAAAACUCUCUUAUGGAGAGGGGAUGAAUUUGUUUCUACUUACCCCUACCCGGAAAGAACGUACGUACGUACAGACGGACGUACGGUGACGUUAUAACCAAAUUUUCUCGCAUCGAUAGUUUUCCAUUUUGUCUUAAUUAUGGAGGCUCCGCUAAAAAAGCAAUCGCGUCAUUUAUCCACUGGAUAGAGAUUUAUUCAGUGGAAAGCGUUAUUAUCCACCCUUGGAAUAACUGGGGCCUGUGGGAACUCAGGCACAUCUAGGUCGCCUUUACGAAAUUUUUUUUCGGAAAAUAGGAAAUCUUAGUUUAGGCCUGUCUUGUGUUCAAGGUUCAAUUCUGUCCUUGCAUUGUGUUCCAGACUGGUGCAAACAUGCACGCCAAGUUCAAUUAAGGAUUUUAAGGGCUUAGUCCUAGACACAUCUAGUGUAUCUAUGUAUCCCGGGUGCCACUAAAUUUUAUUAAGAUAACUAUUGAUCGACCACUUGCGUGGUGAAGGCGAAGCCAUACUUCUUCGUGAUAACUUACAAAAUAAGUCAGGUCAUUUCCGUACUGAAAAUACCGCGCUCCUACUAGAUGACUAUUAUAAUGGCCUGAUACGAUCUUACUUGUUAUAAUAAUGAAAGUGAGAAUAUACUAAUGAUUAUUACUUCGAGGAUGCUGCUGAUGAUUUGCGAAUAAACAACAGUGACAUUUUGUUGUGAAAACUCAAUUAAUAUCUUCUUCAGAUGGAAAACCUCCCAAAGACAAGGAUCCUUUAAACGAACCUUUAAUCAAGACAAACUUGAAGCUGUUUUAUGUGAUGAGUUCCGUGGCUGCAACAGGGCUGCUCACAGCUUUUGGACUACUUUUUGUCAACUAUCACUUCAGGCUUCACAGGUAACUACAUUCUUGAAGAAGCAAAGAUCGUGAUAGAAAAUCAAAUACUUCCAUAUUCUACGACAGGGGCAAGUACUCAACGUGCCUCAUGACAUUUGCAAAUAUUCAAAGAAGAUAUAAUAAACAAGUAAUUCCUUGUAACGUAGAGGGGCUUGUCCUUUCCCGUCUCCUUCAUCAAUAGGCUACAAAUAAAGCCGUCUCUCCCUCGCUGUCUUCUGCUAGCCGAGUGGCGAGAAGCGAAAAGAGACGGCUGUAUUUGCAGGGUUCUCAUGUACAUCAUCUUUCUUCAGUCCUUUUCUGUUUUCCAAAAACGCAUGUUAAAAUAUUAUGUUUAUUUUAAUUUGUUAUUUGUAUUUUAAUUUUAGUCCAUCCUAUAGAUAAUACAUUAGUUGUACGAUAUUAAUUAGUACAAGGUUGUUUAAACUACGUGUACAUAAGAAAAAAAAGAAAAAAAAUAGAAUGGAGAAGGGCACAUUAUAGUAAAACUAAUUAUGGGCCCUUUAAUAAAAUUGACGUUAUUCUAUUAUAGCUUUGUUAUUCAUUAAAACACAAACACGCGCGCACGCACGCACACGCGCACAUAAGUCAAUAUUGAGCAAGAUAAUAUUUUUGAAGUGCCAUUUUGAACAGGAUUUUCGUUGAUUUAUUGUGAAUAGAAAUAGCGAGAUCGUUCCAAUAGUAUUUUCCAAUAACGGUAGGACAAAACUUUCGAAUAUUAAUUCUUGAGUAUCUUAAGAUUCUUAUCUCGUUUAAUUUUUCCCCACUGCUGCCAGAUAUAGAUUAUACAGACUACAGCAAGAGCUUUUUUAUUUUGUUUGUAAAAUUAAGUUUGCUGAGUCUUCUCAGUUAUAGGCGACUUUUCGUGUGUUCGGGGUUGGGAUCCACUCCACUAUUUUAUUAUACAAGAAAAUGAAUACAGUGGUACCACAUAUAAUGACCCGCUAUAGCGGUCACCCUACCGAAAGUGCACUUUUCAAACCGGUACAGCUAUACCGAUUUUCUUUCAAUACAAAAACUCUUCUCGAACAGUGGUGAGGGUUCUUUUUCUUUUACGUCCCUCAAGAACCAGACAAGUGAAAGUGCUGUGACACGGGACCUAAGGUUUUUAGUCAUUGUCUGAGAAGACGAGAAAGUCUAACUAAAAAUAUUUUGCAGAUGUCACUCCCAAAGGCAGCACUUUCUUCUCAGUUAUUUAAAGACCCUGAGUGUCGGUCCGAACGGGGUUUGAAUCCGCGACCUCUCGUUCAGCAUACCGGUGCUGUCCCAACUGAACUAACCAGGCGGCUUAAUGCUUAAUGAGUAUUUCUAUGAUCCUGUAUGAAGCGGCUAUCUUUACCAGGUGCCCAACAGUUCAUAAGCCCAGAAGGUAGCUGCUAUAAACAGGUGUCACUGCAGUUGUAGUCUGUCAUUAUGGGAUAACAGUUGAUGACGGCAUUACCGUAUUUUUACUCGAUUGAGUGACCGGGGCGCCUAUCAAAAGUUUUUGGAUCUAGAAAGUAGGUGGUUAUUCGAGGUUGGCCCCCUAUUUUCAAUAAGUGGUAAGUCUAUUCGGCAACAAACAACAAAUAAUGACAAAACGUGGCGAUGUACUAAGGCAGAAUUAUAACCGUCCAUGAAAAGUUUCUUUAAAAUACUAAGAAAACUCGGUAUUCGGGGAAAUUGAUCAGUACUACUUAAUCAAUUUCAUUGUCCUUGUCAGUAAGGUCAUGUUUGGGGGGUCGGGCGGGGUUAGGUAGGUGAGCGGUUAUUGGAGAGUGGGAGCUCAUUAACGUUGCCUACAUAUAGGGGCGGUUAUUCGAGAUGGGUUAAUCGAAUACAUGCGGUAUCUUUCUUUCAGUGUAAUCAGGCAAUCAUCGCCUAGGCUCAACAAUGUCAUUGUGAUAGGCUGUUUGCUGCUUUAUUGCUGUGUGUUCUUGUACGGAGCAGAGGCAUUUGUUGAGUCACGUGGUACACAUACUGUCAUCUGUAAGGUAGGUGAAUAUUGCAGUUUCAGGUUAAACCGGUAUUCAACUUCUUUAGUUCCAAUCAGAAUUGCCUUUGUUCCCUUUUUUCAAUUCUGAUUUAAACUGAGAAGGGACGUAAGCUACGACAGGUUGGUUUUCUCAGUAUUUCUGCGCUUGCAUUGGAUCGAGUGCGCUGACGUCACUCGAAACAGCGCGAUCAUUGACUCAUUCUCCCCCAGGGAAUGCAAGGUCAUAAAGUAAUUAAAAAGCAAUAUAAAGAGAGUAUUAAAGGUGAUCUCUUCCUUUAUCUUUACAGAGGAAAUCAGUAGAGGAUGUUUGCAAUCAGCUUAGCCGGGUUUUCCUCAGCUUUUAAUUUACGAGAAAAGAUUAAUAACAAUCCUCUUAAUCACCUAUUAUACCGCCAUCUAUAACUGUUCAAAAACUGAUCCAUUUUGUUUAUAAUAGGUUAGACGGGGGAUGUGCUCUCUCAGCUUCACUCUCGCCUUUGGCACGAUGUUUGUAAAGACAUGGAAAGUUUACAAAAUUUUUACCAAUAAGCAGCUUUCUAAACAGGUAGUUUUAAAAGUGACCUCCUAGUUUGUGUUUCAUUUAAUUAAGUAAAUGAAAUCCUAGCCUGUUUUGCUCAAGGACCUCAAGUUCCUGACGGAGUAUAAAAAGUGUUUUACCUGAUUCUCGCUACCGGGUUAGUGGUACAUGCACUGUAAUGUUACUAAUUGUCAGUGAAAAACAUAACAAAGUUCGUCAGUAAAUUAUCGAAGACAAGGUAUGGACCAAAAGAGGAGACGUUAAAGUUUAAUUUCCUUAGUGCCACUCAGAGAAAGGCUUCAAAGUCAACCAAGUUUUCAUUUUGUUGGUUUGGUUUCAGGGAGCUAACAAGAAAACCAACUGGCUCAUUUAGCUUCCUAGCUUGCACAUUAUUUUCAUUUAAUUUAGUCUUCAAUUGUAAGUAAAUCUAUAAGGUUGUAAUAUCGACCAAGUACAUCGACCAAAACAUAAUAAAAACUGUUUCUAUUGGUUAUUUAACAAUUACUUCAUACGACUUUCGUAUCAUGAACUGAAGAAUUUGGCAGAUCGGAAAAUAUUUUCAAUGAAUAAUUAACAAUUAUUGGACGAGGUUGAGCAAAAUAUCAGGAUUUGUCGGUGGAGUCAUCACUGAAAAAUCAAGAUAUUUUGCGAGACCGAGUUCAAUAAUUGUUUUAUCAUUCGGUCACUGAGUUUGUUUUUAAAUGAAAAUCACUCUCUGAAAUGUCAGUAAAACGAUCUGCUAUUUUCACGCAAGAGCGACCGCAAGGAGGGGAAAAACGUGGUUUCAUUUACGCAUGGGCAGAAUAUUAUUCGCAGCCAAACACGGUUGGACGACAUUGUGCAUGAGCAGACCACUAUUUCUAGGCAGUUAUUUGCAGGCCACGUGGUGGGCUAGCUUUCGACCAAUGAAAAAGAAGAAAAAUUUGCAUCGAAUGAUAAUUAGACAUAUUGAAUUUUAUUCCCUCAGAUAACGAUCGUUGCUUUUCUCUCUUUAUCUUUCCAGCUGGGUAUGCUUCACGAUCGUCACUUGUUGGCCAUUGUGUUUAGCCUUGUUUGUUUGGAUGUGGUGUACAUUACAGCUUGGGAAAUAGCAGAUCCUAUUACAAGUUUCGUGCAACAUUUAGGCAGGGUACGUAAGUAAAGUUAGCAAGAAAUGAACAAGAAAGGAAAAUGAACAAAACCUGUUUGAUAUCGCCAAGAAGUAAAAUAUGUAAACAGAGAGCUGAGGAAUGUGUUCUUUGGUGGGUAAAGAGGUUAGCUUGCAAAAACGUUUUUAACUAUCUAACUGAUAACCUCGUCCCGGAGAGGGUGAAAAUGAAAGAGAGUUAUUUAUUUAUUUAACGGAGUUUAGCAGCUGCAUCUGCCAGAAAAAAGAACUUCUAAGGCUCACGAAUCGAGUGCGCAAGUCCUGAACAGAAUUGAAGAAAAGUGGGUAACGUCAAUCUAAAACCGAUCUUGUAAUGUAAUGAUCAUUACAGGUUAGCUAUAAACAUCUAUGAAACACCAACAAUCAACAGUAGCCAAAAUUAAACUAACAGAGUUCAAAAUCUGCUUCCCCCGCUUNCGGUUGGACGACAUUGUGCAUGAGCAGACCACUAUUUCUAGGCAGUUAUUUGCAGGCCACGUGGUGGGCUAGCUUUCGACCAAUGAAAAAGAAGAAAAAUUUGCAUCGAAUGAUAAUUAGACAUAUUGAAUUUUAUUCCCUCAGAUAACGAUCGUUGCUUUUCUCUCUUUAUCUUUCCAGCUGGGUAUGCUUCACGAUCGUCACUUGUUGGCCAUUGUGUUUAGCCUUGUUUGUUUGGAUGUGGUGUACAUUACAGCUUGGGAAAUAGCAGAUCCUAUUACAAGUUUCGUGCAACAUUUAGGCAGGGUACGUAAGUAAAGUUAGCAAGAAAUGAACAAGAAAGGAAAAUGAACAAAACCUGUUUGAUAUCGCCAAGAAGUAAAAUAUGUAAACAGAGAGCUGAGGAAUGUGUUCUUUGGUGGGUAAAGAGGUUAGCUUGCAAAAACGUUUUUAACUAUCUAACUGAUAACCUCGUCCCGGAGAGGGUGAAAAUGAAAGAGAGUUAUUUAUUUAUUUAACGGAGUUUAGCAGCUGCAUCUGCCAGAAAAAAGAACUUCUAAGGCUCACGAAUCGAGUGCGCAAGUCCUGAACAGAAUUGAAGAAAAGUGGGUAACGUCAAUCUAAAACCGAUCUUGUAAUGUAAUGAUCAUUACAGGUUAGCUAUAAACAUCUAUGAAACACCAACAAUCAACAGUAGCCAAAAUUAAACUAACAGAGUUCAAAAUCUGCUUCCCCCGCUUUGUUCCACGAUGGAGGCAGCACGUUGUCUCUAUGUUACUGCCAGGGUAAAUCUCUCACUUUCAGUCUCAAAUAAUCAUCAGUACUCGAACACGAUUGUCUUUUUCUGCUCCAGCAAAUUAGUGAUCGUUUCUAUUGAUACUAUGGAAAGACUCACUCUUAUAGUGGAAUAGUAAUAGUGGAAUUUUUCAACAAGUGUGCGGUGAUAAUAGAAAAGGUCGUGAUUUUAGUUUGUUACUAUAUUUUUGCAGGAAACAACCCCAGAUGGCCGGGAGAUAUCUCACGGCAAAGUUCUAAAUUGCACUCUCAAUUACAGGAGCCUGUGGUACAUGUUCUGGGCGAUAUGGAAAAGUCCUUUCCUGGUUAUUGGGCUUUUUCUUGCCUGGGAAACACGAAAUGUUACUUUGGCCUCUCUGAACGACUCCAAGUAUAUCGGCAUGAGUGUUUACAACGUUGUUAUUAUGACACUGAUCACUGUUCCUUUGUCGUUUGUUAUUGGCCAAAGAAAUAUUGACGCUCAAUUCGCGUUGUUUGGAACAUUGUUUAAUGUCGUAUCUACUUUUACGCUGCUUUUGUUGUUCGUGCCAAAGGUGAGAAACGUAAUACUGAAAUAAAGUUAGGGUCGAGCUGGUCGAGGUCACCCUUUCCCGGGGGACACCCUUAUUUGGCCUAAAUGGGUAUGUACCGCCCAAUUAGGAAAUGAAUAAUUCAGUUUCGAAAUAUUACGUCUUAUGCAGCUAGCGUGUACAAUCUCAUCGAGCGUCUUCAAUCCAAGGUGUCUUUCUGGACUGGAAGCCUUGAACAGGAUGUGAACGUUAGCGUUGGACUUCGUACAUGUCCCUUACCAAAAAUUACUCAACCCCAUUAUGUGAUUUCUGUCAUUUAUGCGUUUCUUAAUAGUAAUGAUUUUGUAUGGGAAAUGAAACUGUCCACUAUGAACCACUCGCCUCAGCAAAAAAGUAGUUGAAAAAGCGAGGGGAUCCUAAGGGGUUUGGCAAUAUUUCAGGUCAACUGACGGAUUUGAUUUCUCAAACGCGAAAAUAUAUAAUCUGUCAGAAGCCUAGGCUCCUGAAUCUGUCUACCAAGGCUGAAAAAUUGUUACCGUUUUCUUUUCUGGAUGCUGAAAGAUUUUCUACUAAUAAUAGCCCACGCUCGAUAUAUUAAAAUUCUAACGUGACUCCGAGGCUUUAGGGACAAAUUGCAAAUCUUUCACAACUCCAUUGUCUCGCAUUUUCCAGAAGAGACUUGAGCACAAAGAAAACCAAUUCAAAUAUUGAAAAAUGAACAGAAAGCCUCGGAGUCAUGUUAGCAUUUUAAUAUAUCGAACGUGGGCUAUUGAAGCAAUAGUUCUCAUUCAAGAUGCCGCUUUAAUGGGACAAAGGACAGAUUAACAACUUAAAACCGUUGAGACGGCUCUAGUUGCAUUAGAAGAUCUGUUGCAAAAACUGUUAGAAUUUCAAAACAUCUCCCAAGGAGGUCGCAAAACUUGGUCCUAACUAUCAAUGUCUUUUUUCUUCGUGUUUUGAGCCACAUACUGUGAAACAGUUCACUAAAAACCUAAAUCACAAACAAACACACAGCUCAGUGAACCUCGGGGGGGGGGGGGGGGGGGGACGUUGUAGCUAAAAGCAGUGUGCGUGAAAAAUGUUUAAUUAAAAUCACAGCCCCCGGGGUGGGGAAUAAUAUGGUUCCCAACUAUUUGUUUUUUUUUUUUUGUUGUGUUUGAACCAACAGUGGGAAAAAUACACCAAAAACCCAACAACAACAAAAACCACCCCCGCCCGGGAGCGCGGGGGGGGGGGGGGGGGGGGGAGGCUCCGCCCAGAUAUCCUACCCCUAGCUCCUUUCGUAUUCCUUCCGCUGAAAAAUGAUACAGCUUUAACACUCCUAUUGAAGAAGAAUAAAUCGCUAAAACAGGUAGUAUGCUUGUCGUUUUCGUGUAAUGUUAUAUUAAUAGAUUUCAAUGAUGUAGCCAUAAUGCGCGUCUUUUCGAAACAUUUUAAUAAAGGCUCUUCUAAAUAGAUGAUAGAUUUUCUUACCCUUUGAUAUACUUCAUCUCGCCAAUUGCCUACCCUUUCAUAUACCUGAAAAAGGGUUCCCAUUCGGGCGGAGCCCCUCCGUUUAGGCAAGUUCAGGGAGUGCUCCUCUGGACUAGUGAACCAGUGAACACUUUACGCCUCAAUCAGACGCAACCGAUACAUCUUCAGCUGUGAUAUUACCUUUGCUGCGAUAGCAAUUCCAAGAAGCAAAAGACUAAUUAAAAAUGGUUUGUUUUUCAUACUAUAAAUUAACUUCCCCGCGUACAGGAACACUCAUAAGUAUACCGUGGUAAUGGUUUUGUACGUUCUCUUCUUGACCACCAGGUUAUAAAGUUAAGGGAUGAAAUAGCCAACCCAGAGCGGACACAAAACACUAAUCAUGCGGCAUAG